GGCUUCCGGUCAAAAAAUUGGAAAAUAAAAGCCUUUUUGAGCAAUAGCAUGAGGGUGUGACAAUCAUCUCCAACCAUCAUCAGUUUGGAUGAUUGGAGAUUCAGCUAAGGCAGGCCAUGAGCCUUGACAGGACAAGGAGUUUUCUUCAAAAUAAAGCAAUAGAAUAUAAUUUAAUAGUGAAAAGAGAAAAAUAUCGAAGCAAAUAUAGAUAUGAAAACAUGUUUGAGAAUACAACAACCACUUUAAAUGAUUUUAUCAUAAUCCAAUAGAUUUUGAUGCUGUAAAAAGAUGCCCAUAAACAAGUGUAAACUCAGGUAGUUUCCUUAAUAAACUGUGCCAGCCACAUUGUUGCCUCACCCUAAUUUCCUUCUACAGGACAAAAAUUGAAAUGGGCGUUCUAUUUCUUUAACAUCUUGUCAUGGCACUUUUGCAAUCAGCUUUAAAACCCACUUUCACCCAAGCUCCUUCUUUUAAUGUUGUGUCUGAUUUUUCUAGCAUCACAUUUGUCACUAAACCUGGUGGUCUUUGCUGCUGCUCUUCCUGCCUGGCUUUCAUGCACAUGAAAAGGGGGAAGUUUGCUCUGCCCACAAAGUUACCAGUAAACACUACAAAAAAGCAUUGCUGGGUGUUGGAUUGUUGAUUCUUGGAUUUUGAGGCUUCUUGGAGAAUUUACCACUCAGUUUUCCUCUAGAUAAGGAGUCAAUUUUGGUUGCGUUCUCAAGCUGUUAGCCUUGACCCUAGAACUCUAUCGCCAGGUGAUUUUCACCCGACCAAACAUGUUUACGUGAUUUUCAUAAUGUUGCGUUUGUCUGAGUAUCAUGGGUCCCUGGGUAGCUUCAGCAUUGCCUUUGACAUCUUUGAAGGCAUAUUUGUUUCCCUGAUCCAAAACCUGCUUCUUCCUACAGGCACAUGUUUGGGUGAUUUUCACCUGAUAAUAACGAUAGAGGGUAAAAUAGGUUUGGGUGGAUUUGAUAGAUGCAUGUAGGGAAUAAGGUCAGUAAGAGUGGUUCUGGAAUUUGCAUGCUAUCUUUAUUUUGGGCUGUGGUUAUGAAUAUAUAUAUAAAUAUAUAAAUAUAUAUGUAUAUACAGUAUAUAUGGGGAAUAUAGGAAUAUAAGGAAUAUAAGGAUUUUUUUGUUCAUUGGACAUUGCACAGUUGAAAAUAAAAGAAAACUACUAAAGUUUGUCAUGUAUUGUCCUAUUAUGAUAUGUUUUGAUGACAAUUAGUUUUUCUUGGGUAUAUUGUUUUGGGUAAAAAUCCCCAUGCGAAAGUGAUGGUGUUACUGAUUUUAGUGAUAGUGUUCUAGGGUUAAAUAAAAAAAAAAGGAUAUUCGACAAAUCUGGUAUAAUGGGAAAACCAGCUUUAUGGUCUUAAAAUAACUGAAGAUUAAGUUGAAGUUGGGAUAAAAUCUGGGUAUAAUGUUUAUUAACAAAAUCGUAAAACUUUAUGGCAAAUUUCUCUUGGCUUCAUUGUUUUACUACUAGUCCUCAAACUGGUCGAAAACGAUACAACACUGCGAUUUUAAAGGAAACGAUGAGCGUUUUAUUGUGAAAGUACCAACACAACACUUCCUGUCAGUCGUUGUAAACUUGACGCAGCUGCUGUUCAGAUGGUAAGGGGCUCGUGAGUGCAGUUCGAUCUGUUGUCCAGGCGGCUGCGCGUGCUGCCGUACCUGGCUGCAGUGUAGAAAAGCGGUCAACAGUCAGACCUCACAACGGUCAAACCACCGAACAAUCAACGGUCAACCGUCCUUCAACCGUCCGGUCAUCCUCCGGGACACCGGCAUCUGUGUCCCCUCACAAGUCAGAGGAGAGGGGGUCCAGCGCGGGGCGAUACACCGAGGACCGACCAGCAUGGACCCCCAAACGAAGGACCGACCGAGCCCGGCUGCGGGGGGUUUCAGCGGGCGCUUGGCCACCCUGGGAGCCGACGGGGGUGACUCGGAGUCCGGAGCCGGGUCAGAGGAGGCUGCCGUGGGCUGCUGCAGCGACACGUUCACCAGCCUGCCCGACAUGGAGCAGGAGUCUCUGGAGGAGAAACUGAGGGGACUGGCUUUCAGAAAACAGACCUCGUAUCGGUGAGUGCAGAGCUGGGAGGAUGCUGGGACAGGAUGUUUGGUCAGAGGAGGAUAUGUUGGCGUUUGUGUGUGUUUGUGUCCCCCAGUCCUUUCGGUCAUAUCGGACUCUGAGGAGAAUUCUGCUGUUUUUAGCUGCCGUAGUAAGAAUUCCGUGUAAGCUGGCUAAAGCUUAUGAACACAGACACUAGACACGAAACUGAAAGGGAGGGGAAUAUAUGACAGACUAUUCUGCUCACUUGAAAGCUAAAUUCACUCACAGGCUACACACAUUAUGACAAGCUUUAUGCUGCUCACCAGGGGCGUGCUCAGAUGAGUGGCUGAGGGUGGCAUGGCCCCUUGAAAUUGGCCACCCCAGAAGUUACACCAAAGUCCAGGGCUGAAAUUGGUUAUUUGACUUGGUUUAAGUGGAGCUUAGCACUAUUUGGACUGUGCUGCAUCAGAAUGCUGGUCUUUCUUUUCUUUGUAAUUAAAUAUAGAUUUAUCUCUUUUGUUAGCACUUUUGAGAGUCUGUGAAAUGUCUUUUUUUGAAGUAUAAUAACAUGCCCUAGUUGUCUUUUAGGCAGAGCGUAUACAAAAAGCAAAAUCAGCUGAAGUGAAUGAUCUGCAGCCUCUGAGUUUGUCAUAUCACCGCACACGAUGUUGACAGCGAGGAUGCCGAGUAGAUUUAACCGCACUGCUGUUGCUAUUCCCGGUUAGGGAGAGUGAGGAGACACAGGUAGAUCCACAGUGAAUGUCUGUCGAAUAUCCAACCUAAAACUAACACGUUUGUUGCCUUGGCUGAUUUUGUUAUUCACACAUAUGCCCCUAAAUACAUUUUACAAUUUGCACACAUCUGUUUUUACUCACAAAUGCGAGUGUAACGGCACUCUCGAGCCCUGCUACAUUAUCCAUGUAAUGAUUUGACUGGGCAAAGGUGUAAUGAUUUUCAGACGCUGUUGUGAUUGGCUGCCUAAAUGCUGUCUGAAAGGGGAUGGUGCAGACAAAUGCAGAGGUGAAAAAACACCAAAACACACAAAGUGAGUGCGCCAAAAGAACCUGCUCCGCUACGCUACAAAUACAAUUCAUGAUUUGCCAAGUCAAAGUUAGUACAACUAGUGGAGACAAAGACAGUAAAUAAAAGGUGUCCAGUUGUGUGUGCACACUAUCUUUCAUGCUGCAGAUGUAUAGGUGACUUGGCCACCCCAGUCCAAACAGUCUGUACGUGGCCCUGUUCCUCCCUUUGGCAUUGAAAAAACAAACAUACUUACUAACACAGACAGAAGGCCUGUCAGUGAUGGGCCAAAACAUUUAAUACAAUGUGUGCAUGAGUGUGCAUUUCCCUGUGGUGUUGUAGCUGUGGUGUAUUAGAGCAUGGGAAGGGGGUUAGGGGGGGAAACAGUAUUGAUUUUUCAGCAGUGUGUGUGUCACUGUGUGAGUGUGUGUGUGUGUCUGUAUAUGUGAACAAGUGUGUGUGAAUGCCAGCAGCAGCUUGACACCCUGGUGUGACUGGCAGCUGCUGUUGAUAGUGAAAACUGGCCGGAGACCAAACACACACACGUAAAAACACACUCUCACACACACACACACACACUAGUCUGUAUUGUGAAAUGCCACUGUUGUCAUGCUGCAAAAUUUUUAUCAUGACAAAGUAUAAAAUAUGGCCAUAUGUUCUGGACCCCAAAACUGCCCCAGAAUUCACCAGCAAUAAAGAGCAAGUUAUGUUUAUGAUGCAAAAAAUCACCAAUUUGUGAUGUCACAAAUUGAGCAUUUUUUCAUUUCACUUUUUGAACAAGCUACGAAGACCAGCUUGUAGUCUUAUUUUGGGAUUACUCCGGUACAUCUUCACCCUACAAUUUGAAUUUGCCCACAGUCAGUGUUGACAUCAGAUAUUUUAACUCAAUAUUUGUUUGUAAAAUAUGAAAAAAAGCACAAAACCACCUUUUUGCAGACCAUUUUGGACAGAAUAUGUCUUUAUUUUCAUUAAUUCAACCAAUAAUGUGUUGAUACUGUGAUCAUAUUUCACUCAACCUUUAAGAUGUAUCUGGCAAGAAGAUAUUUUCCCUCUAAAUGAUGGAUUAAGCCUCCCUAUAUAUCCACCAAGACAUUUCAAUUUAACAUGAACUAUCACUCCACACUGAGCCUUUUAUUUCACCGGUCAGAUAGUCUCCUAACCAGAUUGUAUACAUGCAUCAUGUGAGCACAUAAAACAAGAAUUAUAUUGCCUUUUAGGAAUAAAAUUAAUCUAAUAUGAAAGAAGGGAUGGCACCGUAUAAUCUGAUUGAAAUACUGUACAUCAGACAGAUGAUGAUCACCGCAUUGCUUGUUUUCUACAUUUAUGAGGACCUGCUUGCUUCUUUGAACAUGCUGUGGGCCCAUAUGUGCUGAAAAGAAAGACAUUACUCAGGGAAGACUCAGCACUCUUUCACCUCUUAUUGUAUCAUCAUUUAGAGUCAUUUUCUCUCCCUCUUGGUGUUUUCCCUGAGGGAGAACCUUCUCUGCUUAAGUAAGGUUUCCAGGAUUGUUCAUCAUGGGGGGUGCCACAGUGUGUUUUCCUGCUCUGAUUUUAUAACAGUAGGAGAAUCCUUUACUGAUUCAUCACCUCAGUCUGAGGAGUAAGCAGUAAACACUGAAACUGUGCAUGUUAGAGGAAACCCUGACUAAUUCAUAGACGUCUGAAAUACAUGCAGAAGAUGAGGAACUUCCAUUUUUGUGAUGGUCUUUGUAAGCAUGUCUAUUUUGAUAUUGCAGACUUCUGCGAAACUAUUUGUUUUGGUCAUGAGUAGCUUCUGGGGGAGCAACAUUUUGUCAGGCAGAUUGUAAAGCUCCUGUAACAACUGUUAGAGGUGUGCAAAUGCGAGCAGUUGAGCAGUGAACUUCACCCCAGAUAACAUAUGAAUCCCAUGAUGCUGCCUUUUCUUAAAGCAAUAGAACAGCUUUGUGACAGUAUCCUUUUGGAACUGUAUUUUGGUUUCACUUUUGUCCAACAGGAGGAAAUUGAUGCCUGUCAUCUAUUUUAUAUAGAGUUAAUGUUUGAAUUGCCUGGCUGUGUAAAACCCUCUGUUGUGUGACUGUGACUUUUAUACAUAAAUGCAGCUCUGCAUUUAAUAUUUAGCUGAAACAGUGCUCUUGCUGUGAGGGAUCUGUGAAGUUAUUUUGUAAGAUACAAACCAAGUACAUGUUUUUUUUAAUGGGACCAAAAGUAAAAGUGACCAGAUGACUAAGGGGACCUGCUCUUUGGUUGAAAUGAAAACAGUGUCUGAGCAUGACUGAGAGAAUAUUUUCCACUCCUGUCACCCUCUACUCUGUGGCCUUUUCCGCUCAUUUUACUCAGAGCUCAUUAGGAACUGUUAACAGAUGUACUGGAAAAACCCUGAUAGAUUAAUUUCAUUUGAAACAGAACAACUGUAACUACUGCGGUUGUUUUUCUUGGAAACUAUUUAUAAAAAAAAAAAAACAGAAAAACAAACAAACAUCUGUUCAGUACGGUGGCCCUGGAAGUCAACAGCAUAAACAUUUCAUGUCAGGCAAAAAAAAAUCACCAAACAAUAUAACUUUUCACUAAAUGCAAAAAAACAUAUAUCAAGAAAUAUAUCUCUCUGUAUUAUGAAAUGUUUUUGUGAUAAAUAAGAUUUUUUUUGUAUUAUGUCAAUUGUAUCUGCUUUUCAUGUACUAUUUUAGUGUUUUAAGUAUUGUUUUCUGUUUUUUCGUGAAAUAUUUUUGUAACAAUUAAAAAUAUUUUUGCCAUUUUAAAAAGCUUUUGUAAAUAUUUUUGGGUUACAUUAAGUUUUAUUAAAUUUUAAAAUAUUUUUGAAGGAAUUAUUUUUCUGAAAUUUUUAUUAUUUAUUAUAUUAUUUUGUGUUACUAUUAGUACUUUUGUGUUUUUGGAAUUUUUUUUGUCUUGAUGGAAUUUUUGUGUCUCUUCAAAUCUUUGUCUUUUGAUAAAACUCUUUUUUUGUACGAUAAAAUGUUUUUUUACAGGACAAAGUAUUUUUAUUUUACAUGAGUAGUGUGUGAGCUUCGUUUCUGAAGCACAGCAUAUUUUUCUUUAAUGAAAUGAUCAUGUGUCUGCUGUAAUAUCUUUCUAGUUCAGUGAAAUUGAUUUUUGUGUGCUGACUUUUUUUGUGUAGUUGCCUUUUAGGGCCACUGUAGUUUAAUGCCUAUUUCGCUCUAAAAUUUCAAUAUGCUUUUCCUUGAUAUUCUGAAGGACAAUGGGAAGAAGUUCCUCUCAUGUUGCUUUGUUAACCCUCCACAGUAUUCUAGUAAUCUGUUAGUGCUGGAUGAAUGCAGUUUUGUGGCUUUGACGCCACACAAUCAUCAGUCUUUAUUUAGCAUUUCUCUACUUAACUCUCCAUAACAAUCGUAGACACUCACACUGGUGUCUAUUACAUGCCUUUGUGUUAUGUUGACCUCUGACCUUAAUGGAUAAAGCUGUGGAUAAUCUGUGAAUUUUCCUCUUCAUGGACUCAGCCAUGUGGAGGAAAUGGCAUUAGCUGCUCAGAGGAGACAGUUUGUAAGAAGGUGGUUUACAUAGCUUUGAAGUGUCCAGUGCCAAGAAGUGAAUUACCAUAUGUGGCAAUAUGAAAGAGCUGAGAUAUGAUGCCGGCCAGCAUCAAAGACACUGUGUGAGUGAGUGUGUGUGUUUAUGUGUGUGUGGUAGGAUGUGUUUAUGGCAGAGGAAGGCACGUGCAACUUAUCUGUAAGACACUCGUCACACUUUGCUAUGUGUGUGUGUGUGAGUGUGUGUUCCCAGAAUACUGUUCCCCUAUUCAUCUAUUCUUAGAUAUCUCACCGACUCCCUGCAUGACAGCCCAUCCUCACUCAGAAACACACGCGCUUUGUGUGUCUCUGUGUGUACAUGUAAGUGUGUUUCAUGCCAAACAGUUAGUCAGCAUGCCGACCGCUCCGUUAAGACAUCACUUUAGUUUGCCAGUCAGAGUACUGGCCGGACACUCAAUCUGUAAGUGAGUCACUGAUGUUGUUUUUCCUGCUCAUCUGUGCCACUCAUGGUCAGUGGCUCAUUUGGGCAUUUCAUGGAGUUUCUACAUGUCUAAACAGAUACUUGUUCACCCCAUGAGCCUUUAAAUCAGUGCAUCUUCACUUCCUUUGUACUCACAUCCAACUCAUGAUCCCUUAACACUUUUUCUGAAGUCUUUAAAUGCAUUGAGACAUCAACAAUAUUGAAAACCUUACCGGAACACUCUAUUACUAUAAUGUCAUCAUUGACUAAUGGCGAUAUGAAGAGAAACAUAAAAUAUUCAGAGUAUUCUGGAACUGGAACUGGAAGUAAUGGGAAUGGAUUUCAUAUGCAGGGAUUUUUGCGAUGUGGUUUGUAUUGUGGUAAUUGUACUCAAGUUUUUCAGUUGGUUUCGAGCAGCUAAUGCAAAGCUACGACUAAUGCACUCCUAUCUUUAGGGAAUAGUGUCUCAGAUUGAUUGGAGAUUCAUGUAAAGCCUGCACAUAGCUUUUAUUAUAUUGAACAAAUAGUGCAACCUCUUCCAAAUAUCCAGUUAACCGUCAUUUAUGAGAACAGCAUAAAUCUUCACACUUGAGCAACUAUUAUCAAAAUACUGAUACUUUUGCUGAAAAUUGACUGAAAAUAUGCUUAAAUAAUCCACAGGUUAGAUUAUAGAUUAACAAAGCUAGUGCUCUCAAACUUUUUCCUCAAUAAAAAUAUUUUUAAGCCCAUAACGGUUCCCUUAUUGAUGCCUUCUACUUGCUUUUGUGUGCCUCGCAAAAUAAUGGCCUUAACAUAUUACAAAAGGCAGAAGACAGGAAUGGUACCAAACGCUGUCAUAUGCUAAAUAUUAAAAACUAAAUAUGUUUGUGAUAUCAGGUCAAAAAAUAGAACAGUAUGACAUACCAGUUUCCUGUAAAUUCCACUCAAAUCUACUCACUUCGUUAGACCGGCAGUUUUCUGGUGAUAGACUCAAAAUGUUUCUGAAAUAGUGUAAGUUUUCAGAUACAGUCCCUCAAAAACAAAGGUAAUUAAUGAUGAUUUUUUAUAGUCAUUAUACUAAAAUGUCAUUGUGUCUAUCACUGACUGUGCUAAUGGAAGGCUGCCAUCCCUGUUAUGGUCUGUCAGUCAAUCUGUAUCUACCAGACUGUAUCUACCACUGUAAACAUUAUCCACAAUAUCUUCUUCAGCCAGUUGCCAAUAAAGUAUGUUAAAAGUAGGAUUCAGGGACCAUAACCACACCAAAGGAAUAUGAGUUGUAGUUCAGCCCUGAUGCCACUGAUAGACAGAGACAAAGGCAGAACAAUGCAGCACAGCCAUGAGUAAUCACUUAGUUUUGUAUUUGAAGUGUUAAGAGAAAACUUUCAGUCUGUCUUUGCCCCUGGUUGUUGUGGAAAGACUUAAUGCGCAUGCUGAAUAAAAAAGACAAACAGUUAUGAUCCAUUAUUUUGCUCUAGUGAUUCUGAAAAGCAGUCGACUAGAAACUGGAUCUACUUUGAGGUACGCUUCGCUGUAGUUCCCUCUAGCUGUUUGUUGAUUCGUUUGUUUGUCUGUGCUCUGAUUUAUUCACCACUCUGUCCCUGAAUUCUUCUCUGAGCUGCAGACAUAUCAAGACCCAGAUCUGCACCAUGCAGAAUCAAUUAUCACAGCACCACAGGAUUGACAGAGGACUCUUCAUGACCACCUAAACCUCUGCUAAAGCCUCCAGCUGGCUCACUACACAGCUGAUCUUGACCCUGACUCUGCUGGUAUGAAAUGCCAACACGACCCAAGGGGGGAAAAAUACAAAGAAACAAACUCUUGAUUUCAUCACCCGGCUUAUCAUGUGGUGAGAUUUCACCACCGCCUUCGUGGGAAAUGGUGCAGAAAGAAACUGCCACAGGACAGGAUGUUGUAACAUUAUCCCCCCACUAUUUACAGCCCACUUCACAAACAACAGAUCACAAUAAGUGCUUGUCAUACCAGAGUCACAUAUGCUCUCUGCUUCAUGGCUUCAGUAUACAGUAGAAAAGGCUGGAGUGACACAUGAGACGCAAGCAUAGAAGGAAAGAAGAGAAAGACUAAGAUGAUUCUCAUGUUGCGACUGCUGCAUUCCACCUGCAGGGGUAAACACUGAUCAAAGGCCUUUCAUCAUUCGAUUCUGCCAGAAUAUAAAACUCUUUUCAGCCUUCAAUUAGGACAAAAUACUGAGAGGGGAGGAAGAACAAAGGGAGGAUAAAAAGAUAGGGGAGAGAGAAAGGGGGAAAAAAGGCUAACGUUGAGACAAAGUCAGGGGUGAGUCACGACUGGAUGAGCUGUAUGAGACAGGAACAGCAUAAAUGAAGCAGGCGAAAACCUGAUAACCAGACGAUGGUGACGGAUCGAGAGUAAUGCACCAAAAAACACAUUACUGUAAUACCCAAAGGAGAACUGAUACAUCAAAUGAGGCAGUGAAAGUUAACUUGUUCUAAAAAUGAAACAAGCCUGCCAACUUGCAUGACCUUCAACACGGUCCUCAAGUGUUACAUGAGGGCAUUUAAGGUCUGUCUUAGCGAUACAGCAACUUAGAGUUUAUGAGUUUAAAAUUAGCUGAUCUCUGAUUUAAUCUGAUUGAUCGCCAUUCAGAAUGUUCAGGGGGCUAUGAGCUGAGCUGCCGAUGACAACAUUAGCUGAGUUACAGCCGAAUUUUGAAUUUGUAGUGUCGGUGAAAAGUUAACCCACACAGUAUGAGGGAAUCACUAAUAAUGCACGGCAGAAGCUCAUGAUAUAUGCGCUCACGCUGUUCAAGUUAAAUCAGGACAGAGUUGUGACUAAUACCAACAUAGAUCUGUUUAAAAACUCCAACACGUGGAGUUUAAAGUCAGAACGUGGCUUUGAUUAUGAACACAAAGCAUAAUCAUCACCUUUCUGACAUUACAACAAAAGCUGAUAUUGUAGAAACUUCGUUAGUUAUAAUUUGUGGUAGAGCUGUUCUAUUGGACUACAUUAGAUGACAGAGGUGGCUACAAUGUUCUGGCUGAUCGUCGUAUGUCUGUGUGUAUUUCAGAUGGCGUUUCAGGCGCACAUUCAGGAAAAAAGUCCCUGAAGUUGGGGAAUCAGCUGCUUUCACUGUGCCAGAGUGUGCAGACAGCCAACCGCAAUUUUGAUCAUGCCAGAAAUUCAUCCAAUCAGUCAGGAGCAGCUGAUUAGGCCAUGAUUGGCUGUCAUAACCCCUUUCACACUGCACAGCAAACGACAUGCAUUUGGGCUGAAAUUUGGCCGAACUUCAAAAGCAGUCAUGCAAUUAAAAAAUCUAUAUAGAAACAGUUUCAAUAUAAAGAGUUUAUGUUCAGCCUAAAGUAGGUAUACUGUAUACCAGUGGCGGCUGCUGGUCUUUCAAUGAGGGGAAGCUCAUUUUUCUGGCCUACAUCAUAAUUGUAUUUGUUUAUUAGUAUGUAACAGAACAGAGUCGCCAAACACAACGGCAGUCGUUUUUAAUAAAGACAGAAGUCGCUGAGGAUCGGUAAAGUCUCCGGAGCAGUUAAGAACAACGGAAUGAAUGACUUGGAAAAUGCUCUGGUAGAUGUUUUAUUCUUCAAGAUCGCUGAUUCGCUUGUUUAGCUGUCAAUCAAAAAAGGAUUUCGCCUCAGACAGCUCAUCCAAUCAUGGAUGCAGAAGCUUGCAGUCCGGGAGAAAGUCGGGACCGCCCUCUCGCCAUAGAACUCCAGUGAAGCUUAGCUUCCAUUGGGCGGGACAAAGCCCAGCAUUUAUCCAAUGAGCGUCUAGUUUUGCUGCUGGAACAACCCACUUUAAGCUUCCACAUUGAAGUCAGCAGAAGCCCAGCGUCCGGCUGUUUAAAGCGCUGAGGCGCUGCGAGGAUGAAUGAGAACGAAGUUAUGCCGGUUACCUAUAAUUAUCAGCUUCUUAUCACAGUGUCUGAACAAAAGAUGAAGGCUUUCUAGUGCGUAUUUAGUUAAUGAAAUGUACACACAGCAGUACGUAUUUCACCACUUUUUCUUUUUUUUGGGGGGUGACAUUUUAAGGGAAGCCGAGCUUCCCUUGCAGUCUUAGAGCAAUCGCCACUGCUGUAUACAUAAAAAUUGGGCUGUUAUUUAACUCUUUGGUAGGGUUUACUAGGCAAAAAAUUGACUAAAAUUUCUCCUACACCCCGGUCAAGACUGAAAAAAUCAAAAUCUAAUUAAUCGUCCUUUGGUUUAUACAAAUGAAAACAUCAUCUGCUGCUUAUGGAAACCAAACCAGUUGAUGAAAAGCUCUGCCACUUUACCAUUUAUUAUUAACUCCAUUCCAAACAGCACAGAUUUAUUUUCUUGGCAAAACCAUCUGCAUUCUUCCCUCGUGAAUGUGUUUGUUAGGGGGGCUUGUUUGUGUUGAGACUUCUUGUAAAGCCUGUAUCAGGUUGCACAGGCUUACCUGCCUUGGGAAUUCAUUAAUUUUUAACCUUGUGAUCCCAGUUCUCAGUUCUUUCAUAUAAACAAUGCACACGUGUCAGCAGCCUCAAGGAAUACAUACUUAAGAUCUGGAGCCUCUGUUGUACCAGACCUCUUACAGUCAUUGUCGAGCCAAUGUAGUGCAUUACACUGUUGUACAACAGCUCGGGCCUUCCCUGGGGAAAUUAAGUUUGACAGAAAAAAUAAUCAUUACACACAAGAGGAGACUACAUCGAACAUGUUAAAUUGUUUUGAGCAGUAACAGUUGAAUUAGCAGUGAACACAUUGACUACUCAUGUGUCUUUUUAACAUCUUGGUACAAAACAAUCAGCUUGUGCCUUUAAAUGCUGAGAACGAAUCAGAUAGUUUGACCGAGCUGAAGAGUUUGUACCGAGACAUUUCCAGAAAAUGCCGACAGGGUACUUAAGAGUGCACUGUAAACAGAAGUCAAAACUUAAAUUUAGAAGUCACAUCUGACACACCUCAUUUGCUAAAGGCACCAAAUUUGGUCAUUAGUCAGCAUUACUUUGCUAGCUUACUUCUCUAUUUUUAGCCACACUUUUUAUCUAGCUCUACAUUUGGCAAUGUAGAUUUCCUCGUGGGCUAUUCUACUUGUUUAGUCAAAACUGAAACUGAACUAUGGUUUGAUAUAUUGAAAUCACAUAUUUAAAAAACAUUCACAAUCCCAAGAGGAUGAACCCUUGUAUCACCAGGAGCUUGACAUUUUUGUUUUGUGGUAAAAAUAAAUAAAUAACUAACACAAAUACUCAGUAUUCCCAGAGGCUGAACCCUAAUGACUCUGGUGAUCCCCUGAAUUUUAACGAAUGCUAACAUUUGUGUCAAAGUUAAGUUCACAUCUAUAUCUGUUCCCAAAUCUUCUUGUCUAAAAUAGUACAACAUUAUAGGAGUUCAUGGUUUCAUGACUACACACCUCUGUAAAAAAAAAAUUACGCUUUUCACUCCUGAACUUUUUCUGUAGGCCACCAAUAGUUGGACUUUUUGAAAAAGUUUAAAGUUGUUGAUUGGAUAACCAAUAAAUAUAACAUUAACUCCCAUGGUUCCCAGUGGUUAAACCUCUUUGACUGUGGUGAACCCCAAAGCCAAAGAGAUUGACCAUUUUGGCACCAAGAGGGAGUUAAAAGUUUUUUUUACUUUGUUAGCAGAAUAUCUCCAACAUUUUCCACAUUAAAUUAGCACCUUCAAGGCCUUUUUGGUCUCCAGAUAAAUACCUCUAUGUAUUAAGUCUUUGGUAAUCCACUGACUUUACCUUCACCAUGUCAAGGUAGACUUUUUAUGUUUUAUGAGAAAUUCCUCAACAGUUUCCCGAUGACAUUUCACACAGACAUUCAUUGUUCCCAGAGGUUGAAUCUCUUCUACUUUGAUGGCACUAUGACGAUUUCUCAAGGGGCCAAAUGUGGGUCAAGUUUUUUAAUUUUAUACUUCAGCCACUGAAAUGGCUGCCGUUAAAUUUGGUGCACCCAUUUAUGUCUCCCUUAGGAUGAAUUAUGAUAAUUUUUUUUUUCUGGAGCUGGUGAAAUAAUUUGACUGUCUGUAAUGACUAAGAGAUAAAAUAUAUUUUAGUAACUACCACAAAGAGCUCUUCCCUCCUUUGGUUUAUAACCCACCGGCUCCUCUCUGUCUUCCCUCUCCUGUCACAACCAAAGUGGAUUUAGCCAAUGAAAUCAAUAAGGAAUGAGAGCUUUCACCUGAAAUCACCUGUGCACUCAGAAUCAUACGACAGGAAGAGCUAGUCCCUUAUGUUUUAUACAAGCGGUGUAUGAGUCGGUUUUGUAGCACACUCUAUGUUAAAUUCAGUGGAACGCUUGGCUCAGAGUCCAGGCAGCUUAAAGACACUCAUGAAUUUUUAAGCAGAUGAUCAGAGCACCAAUUGUUGAUGAAAUACAAGGCUCACUGACACGAUUUUCCCUCUUAUCCUCAGAACGGAUGAACAGAUAUACAGUUCAUGCAUAUUGAUGAUAUUGAGGGGGAGGAGGAGGAGGGGGAGAGAUAAGCUGUAUGGAUGUAUGGAUAAUUCAAAAGGCAGUGCAGGUCAACUGCUGCUAUUUUAGGCAACAGUUGGCGUUUCACCAGCUUGUUAACUCCAGUCUUGGCUGUCCAUCUUGUUGGUCUUGUGUCCCUGAAAGAGACAUAAAGUUGAUACCUGUUGGCUUGUUUGACUGCCUACAUGGUGAAAGAAUACAUUAAUAAUAUUGUUUUUCUGUACAUGAAGAUGGAGCUUCUUGUUAUUUUCAUGGUUGUCAGCCUGUUUUAAAAUCAAGCAAGGCUAUCUAGAUUAUUUUUUUAACUUCUAUACUCUGGUUCAGGCCUGUGCUGAAAAGGGGUUGUCAAGUUUCAUUGUUUGGUAAGUUUCUUAACCAUCAGAUUGAAGCCAAUCACAGCAUUUUUUAAUUGAUCGGUGAUUGUCAUUUGUAGCCAUCAAUUCGUUAGCCAUCAUUAACUGAUCAUUUCCACUGGUUUGUGUCAGAAUGCAAAUUAGCAAGUAACUUCGCAUUAGCAAUCUCAAACAAUUGAACACUGUGAGAGUCUGGUGAUCGUUUCCCCAGCUGAUAAAUAGUGUGUUUUUGUAUUAUUGUGCUUCAUGCAUGUCGAUGUGAUGUGUGUUUCCUACGCUCCCUUCCGUCAUUAUCCUUCUAUACACACAAACAUUAUAGACAGAGAGGCGUCAGUUUAUCCCUCCUCUACCCUCUCUCUCUGAGUAACACUGCUCCAGUUGGCUGGUGCUGUGUUUGUGUAUGCUUAUGCAUAUCAAUCAUUUUCCGCUAAGAAGACGAGGAACGAUGGGCUCUGUUUUAGGAAUAGUGGAGGGAUUUUCUCUCUCUCCUUUCUUGGCCUUUUCAGGAGUGGUUCAGACUCUAUGUGUGUGUGUGUGUGUGUGUGUGUGUGUGUGUUUGAGGCUAUUUUACCCGUAAUGCAUGUGUGUUGAGGCAUUAUGGCUGGAUUGGCUGACAGGAACCGCUCCUUAUUAGUCCUCUGGUUAGCUGUAAGAGGCUUUUCCUGCUUUGAAAUGAAGGCUAAAAAGAGUGAAAGGCAGAAGAGGAAAGAAAAGAGAAGUAGAUCUUCAGGUUGUAAUAAAGAAGAAGCAAAAACCUUGACGUGUUGAAGAUUACUCAAGUGCUUCCUUCUGUAUUAGACACUUGAUGUAUUAUUCAUCAGAGGAGGGUUUCACAAAGAUCUAUUGUUAAAAACCUGACUGUCAAAUCUUUCAUCUAAACUAACUUUCUGUAACCUGAGAGGUCAGAAACACCCCAAAAGGAACAAAAAGGUUUAUACUAUUGAAACUACAGAGAAUAAUCAAAAGGGCUGUGCUGGUCUGGGCGCCUUGAAUCUGCUAUAAUGAAGUUUAAACUGCAGUGACGUCCACUCCCCCUUGCUUCUUUAUGUACUGUAGGCCUCUGUUUACAUUCCUCUGAUGUAAAGGAAAGAGGCACAUGACUGAGAAGUUGUAAAUUUUGGAAAGUCCACACACUCUUCUUCUCGGAGGGUUACAGAUUGAAACUGCCUCAAACGCACAACAGAAAGAAACCAACAUGUGUCCAAAUGUUCUAUUUUUCUACUUCUGUUUAUUUUUUUUUUACCCACAAGUCAACAGUGAAAAGCUGCAAAGAGGAACUUGUGGUGUGUUCUGAAUUUGGUCACCCCCAAAGUGGCAUCUUACAGUAUAUCUCUUUGUUUAUGAGUAAAUAGGGUUGUCUGAUCAAAAAUCGAAUCCUAAUUUAACGGUCAAAUAUACGCAAUGCAGAUCUUAACUGUAAAGGUGAAAUUGGAAGGUUGUUUGAAUGUUACAGAUAUAAUCGACUUUCUAACGGUGCUGUGACAGCAACGCAAUUGAGUUUGAGACAGUGAAAAUACAUACGGUAUGUUGUAUCUGAACAGGUUAGCUUACGAGCUAAAGUUACUUAGCGCAGAUGAAAGUUAAAACAAACAUUUAGCAAACUGUUAAAGGCACACAAACCAUCGUCAUAUGAGAGAUCCGACACUAUGACUCUCCACAAGUUGUCCUUCAGGUCGUUAUCUUUGUAAUAUUUGUGUUUUUUUUAAUCAAAAAGCACUGUUCUCCGACACGUAAACAAUCAGCCGGUCAGCCAUGUUGGAUAUACCGGUGAAUCUGACGUCACAACAACACGCAAUCUGAUUGGUCAGAAGUGGACACACAGUAUGAGAAACUUAAGAAAAUUUGACUGUUAUACGAAAAAAUUAAUGCAGCAAUAUCGCAGGAUGGGAAAAUGUUGCUGAUGUGAAUGCUUGUAUUGACAGGAUAUGGGUUCGAAAAAAAAUAUAGACGUCCGAAAUAAUCGCACAAAAAAAACACUCCCGGUGUGAAAGGACCUUUAGUCUGAUUAGUUUUUUCCAAAGUUGCACUGAAACAGUGAAUAAACAUCCAACAACACCAACAACACCAACCAGAGCUACUAUGCAGAUAAUGGAACCAGACAGAUCAACACGCCACCAUUAUUUGUAAAUGAGACUGGACGUGCAGAUAAACUAAAAGGCUGAUUGACAGACUAACUGAGCAGACUGAAGCUGUCUCCAAGCUGGAAGUCUUGUGUUUGAUCUCCUCUGUAUGGAGUCGUUGUGCAGCUUUUAUCGCCGUACUGAACCCCAGCCUUAUCAGUAAAGACAGGUAAACAGGAUGAUUGGCAGGCUUGUACUCUGGUUUAGAUGCUUACUGACGGUGUGAACAGUCUGGUUUAAAUGUAGCUGGGUAAAGGCUGGAUUCCUCAGAUAAGAAAUGUUCUUUAAAAUUAGCGAUAAAACAUGAAGAAAGAGGAUUUUGACUGAAAACUGUAGCAUUCAUAUUUUCCACCAAUGGUUGCUUCAGUGUAUGCUAUUAGUUUGAAUUUGAGUGUUAUAAUUGUUUAUUUGCAAACACAACCUUAACUGUUGUUCUUAAGAUGCUGUACAAUAUAGCACAGAAAUAAUGUCCUUCAGUCCUGUUUUCUUGGUCUCUAUCAGUUCUCCUGAAGUAGCACCUCCUCUCCCUCCAAAGAUCCCAUCUGUCUCCUUUGAGUCGAUAAUGAACCUGCAGAGUCGACCGCUGAGGUGACACUGACUCCAUCACUGCAACUGCAACUCUGUCUCUUCCUCGCUCUUGUAUGAACCUUGUUUUGGUUAAAUAUCAGGUCAUGCAGCAUGUUGUGUUCCAAGCAAAAUGAUUGUUAUGGUGAUUAUUACUUCAAGGAAAGUAAUUUUAUGCCGGAAUAUCCCUUUAAUAGUGCAUUAUUUGGCUAACAUGAAUCAUCCAGAUCUGUUGCUUUUCUGUCUUGUGUGAGUACCUCUACCUUUUUUAUUAACUAUGAGCUGCAGGAUUGUAAAAGGUAUGAGGUAUUAUCAUAGGCAUCACUUGAAUAUUGAACAGACAACAAGUGAUAAACUGACCGUCUUGAAAUCUAAUGACAGUCAUGAUCUAACAGGAAUUCAUACCUCUCGAAACACAUGCUAGCCUGUUUGUAAGUAAGCAUUUGAAGUCCUUCAGCCAAGACCUCCUCUCCAUGCACCUCAGUGUUUACAGUCAAGUCAGCAACUUGAGCAAUGACCAUGUGUUGAGCUGAGGUAUGUUGCAGGAUUGUACUAUGCCUGCUUUUGCUCUCCAUACUGACAAUUUUCUGCAUGCUCAAAAAAAUGUGAAAGCAAACCUAAAGCACUCUUGUUUAUCCGUUUGGAAAUGAACUCUGUAAAACACUAUUCAUUGCUUAACUGUAAUGUCUCAUAUUUCAGUGGCCUAUCAAAUGUAUUUUCAGCAAAGGGACGUAGAAAAGGCCAUUUUUCGUUCAUAAAAUUCAUUCUCAUUUGAUUUAUUGUCUGCUGUAAUCAUCUAUUUAAAUGCAUUUCAAAGGUUUUGAUAGAUAAGAGAGAUGUGCGGCUUUGAUGCCUGAUAAUUUACGCUGACUAAUUUAGAGGAGCUCAAACAGCCAGCUGCUCCGUCAGCUCCACAUCCAGAGAGGACUGUUUGUUCAGGAGGAGGUUUAUUCUGUCUCUGUUAGAUUGUUUUUCCUACUAUCUGUUAUCUGUGGAUAUUCAGCGGGAUAAAGUAGAUUCUGGGCUAUCCUUCUUCACGUGUUUCUCCAACAGUAACUGUACAUCUACAUUCCUUUCUAUUUAUAGGAAUCUAUUUAUAUACGCUGACAUAAACAGUGCUGUUAACGUGUAUGUAUGUGCUGCACGGAUUAACCCUGGCCUCUAGGAUCUGUCUCCUAUGCGUUUGUGUGUGACUGUGCAGGUGGGAUUACAGAGGACUGAUGAUCUCUUAGUGCUCAGAACGAUGAGUCCCCAUUCAAAGUCAAAUGGUACAUAAGUACUCAAACACACACAUGCACUCAUAUUUAGUCAAGUAUUCUGAGGAUAUUGACUUAAACUGACCCCAAAUCUAACCCUGACCUUAAUCACUGACCCAAAAAUCAGUUCUGCUUCUUCUCACUGUAGAAACAUUUUAUCACCAACUGAUCACCCAGUUAUGCUCAUUUGUCUUCACGCAGUUUUUAAAAAUAUUAUGUGUGGGAAGAUUGAAACUGACCGCUUGAUCCUUUUUGCAUGAAUUUUCAUGAUAGUAUUUUUCAUGGCAGAGACAUUAUCGCCUUUUCAGGUCAGUUAGCGUGUCUACAUUUCACGAUGGUGCGAUGAAACCAGUCAAUUAUAAGUACUUUAUCUUUAACCUACUCUUGUAGUUUUAGCGCUUUUGCUUGCCAAACUGUGAGUGUGAAUUUAAGAGGUGAAGAGCUCUUUUUAGGGUUUAUAAACUCAGGUAAGGUCAGAAAUUUAAUACAUGAUGGAGCUUCUCAAUAGGGAAGAAUGAAUCCCCUUACUAGCAGUGUGGGAAAAUAUCAACAAGGAGGCAGGCAGGCGACUUUUAGGAUUUGGUUAUCUGAUUGCUGGUACUCAAUGUCAACGUAUUGGCUGAAUAUUGGGCAGCAGAUUUGUGGUUUUGUAAAUGGGUUGACUAACCCUUCUGUUUUUUGUUUUGCUCUGUUUUUACAGGACUUUAGGAGUUUUUAGUAGUAUUUCAUAUUCAAAUUUUAAUCUGAUUACAUUAUAUCAGAUCCUAGCCAAUUCUUUUAUGGAAUUGUAUUGUAUUGUAUCACAUCCUAUUAUAACAUAUAUCAUAACUAGGCCUGGACGAUUUGGCAAAAAAAAAAAGAUUAUAAUAUAUUUUGUCAUAUCGUCUGGGACCGCAUUUGGUUGUUCUGUUAACUUCUCCGGCAACUUACAGAAGUGAGCAAGAAAAGCUCGACUCUGAUUGGCUGUUGUGACGCACAUUUCCGCUAUGUCUGAUCGAGUAAAUAUGCUCACAACUGAUCACCGUGAUCGAACUGAAAUUUAUCACAAUUAUCGAUCACGAUCAUAGAAUCACACAGUCCUAAUCGUAACCAUAUCACACUGUGUUGUAUUGUAUCGUACUGUAUUGUUUCCUAUCUGACUGUAUCAUAUCGUAUUGUAACGUAGCUUAUGGACAUAUCAUGUCUUACUUAAUGUGUUGAAUAACCUCUCCUCUGAGAUGGCGUUGCAGUCAGACAGGCUGUCCCCAGUAAACAGACCUUCAGUCGGUAAUGAGUCCCCACAAGUAGGCAAAAUCAGAAACACACACACACACACACACACACACACACACACACACACACACACACACACACACACACUAUUAGGUGAAUUUAACUUUGAAUAGUAACUUUGUUGGAAAGUUAUUUUUCAAGUUAAACAUUUGUCUGUACUAUUUUUUACUUUUUUUUUCUGCACACGCACACACCAGCUCUCCCACACACACAUGUCCUCGCAGACCUCAGCUGCGGAGACACGCUAUAAUUAGUGAGCCAGCACCUUCAUCUUGCUUUCUCUUUUUUUUCCCCGUGUGCUUUAGUGUGUGUUUAUGUGUGUGAGCACUAAUUGCUCAGGUCAGAUGAGAGCCAUUAGUAAAUAAUUAAUUUUAUUAGGCAGCUGUAGACUGAGGUUAGAGAGACACCGCAGUUAGCUUGUUUUAUGGCGCUCACUUUCUCUAAAGAUUUUUUCGUACGAGGAAUGAUUUUCUGCACGUUUGUUGUUUACCUGUCAGAGUUUCAUAUCUGUUUAUCCCAAUAUCAUCUCUUGUUGUGUAUAAAGCUUCUCUGUCUGCCACCUCUCCUCUCUUUUUCUCUUCUUUAUAGUUUUUAAUCAUUUUCUCUCUCGGUUUCUCAUGCUCUCUGCUGUCUUCUCUCUGUGUACCUAUUCUAAGCAGUAAAGGUCAGAUACAGAUGCACAGCUCAAAUCUGAUGCCUCCCCCACAUUACAUGCUGGUUCUCACACACACACACACACACACACACACACACUGACAGACUGUGUAAUUAUGUAGGUGUCAGGGGAAGAUGUGAGAGCGAGGACGAGCCCGGGUGAGGAGGAGAGGGUGGUAUCACUCCCAUGUUCUAGCUGUGGUUCAUGACAUGCAAUAGCUGAUUGUAGACUGGUUUAAUAGACUGUAUAUGCAGGGCUGUCAUUACUGUGACACACUGCAGCACAGGCCUGCAUAUAUAUACAUAUAGUAUAUGUAUUUGAUUGCCUAUAUAUGUUGAAAACUCUUGAUUUUAAAAAUAUGAUAACGCAUUACAUAAUGUACAACCUUUAUGGAGAUGAUAUCCUCUUUUAAGCAUUUAAGAAGGUUGAGGUCUUUUGAGUGGGGUUGAAUCGAGUUUGUUGACUCAUAUUGAACUUCAGGUUAGCUCAGCUUGGUGCAAUGUGUGAACACUGUUUAUGCUCUCGAUGGGCAUGCCUAGUAGUUUGUCCUUCUAGGCCGGAUAAUAGUCUGCAUAUUUAUAAUGUUAAUUGGGUGUUUAGAGUUGUGUUAUCACUUUACUUGUUAAAGAGUCGUUUUCUUAUAGGCUGGUACAGGAGGCCAAAUGACAUGUAGUGCAAAGUGCUUCGAAUAGUAGAUAUAACACAAGAGCUGGUACAAGUGCAGUCCAGGGAUUGAAAUCAAAAAGUUGUUCCAGAUCAGAAACAUUCCCAAGUAGUUUGAGACAUUUACAUUGUUUGCCUUUAUGCUCUACACUUCCCUUAACACAUUUUGUCCCAUCAGACUUGCAAAAUAAUGAUUUGAUGCAUCGUGUGAGGCCGGAAGUAAGAAAUCAUGGUGGACAGAAGACAGGAGUGAUUAAAACACUGCCCAAUAAAACUCAAUAUUGUUGUGCUGAAAGUAUCAUACUUAUUAUAAAAUCCACUCACAUGUGAUUCUGACAUCCAGGGCUUUUCUAUCUGACAGAUACGAUCAGUGUAUUUUCACAGUCUGUUGGUAAAUCCCUUAAAAAGCGAAGGUAAUCUGUGAUGGCUUGUAAAUUAAUUUGUGUUAUUUCUGUCACUAUCUGCUAACAGGAGGCUGCCGUCUAUGCUUGUUUGACCUUUAAAGGCACAAUUUUAAGCCCGGCUGCCCCGUCUCAGAGGGGCAGUUAAGGGGAUUGAUGACUUUAGCUAUUUGUCUUCUUGAUUUCACAGUUGUAUCUAACUGAACUGGUCUAUUGUUGCUGUAUUAGAGCAGUCUUGUCUGGGUAUGUUUCAGGAAUCUGAAGGUGUGGUUCCAGAAACUGUAACUCUUUAUCCUCAAAUUUACAUCUGUCAGAGCUUAUUUGCGUUUCUCUUUGUCUGUCCAAUGGCUUUGUUUACAUUGUGUUUGUGCUGCUGAAAGAGUUUUGCAUCACUUUCAAUCCAAACUUUCCCUCCAGAAGAGAUUGUGUGUUAAAACCUCCCAUUAAGCCCUCAAAGAUUUACCUCCUCUGAAUUUUUCCUCUUGUCCAAACAUGUAGCCAUACAGCAAAAAAGCACAGCGAAGACACACAGUUUCAGAGGAGCUGGAAUGAUUUAACAAAAUUAAUCAUAAGUGAGAAUCCAGUCAGAGUCCUAUCACUCUAUGACGAGGUGUGAUCACUGAGAGACGUGUGAAGUGACAAAACUGCUCAUUUGGUUUCAUGUUAAAUCAAUAUCUCAUUUUCUUUUUACCUUUGCCCUGUCCCCACAAGUUUGCUGUGAAUCACCUGAGGGCAUGUGAGAGUGUCUCUCUGUGUGUUAUUGAUAGUUCAUUAAGGGUGCAGUGAGUUUUUUUUCAGGCUUAAUGCCUCCUGUGGGGCUGUCAUUGAACAACAAAACAUUACCCGUCCAAUACACCUUUGUGUUGAUACUUUAAGGAAGCUCCUACAGCAUAGUGGGGCGCAGUACACAGUAUUAGGAAUCAACCCCUCACAUUUCAGUGAAGUAUAAGAAAUUCACCAGAUGCUUUCUUUGUCUUAUACACCUUUUUAAAAACAAAGAAUUAUAACUUUCAUAACUAUGCUGCUAUCUUCUAACAAAGUAAAACCUCUCUACUUCUUCUUCUUAGUUUCUUCCCUUUGAUUCAAACAUGAACAUGAAGCUGGAAAAUCUGUCUCAUUUUCUACAAGCUCUGAGGAGAAAGUGCUGCUGAUGAAUAAUAACAGCAACAAAAGCCGCCUCACAUAAUUGAGCUUUUUCUGCAGCAUCAAAGCGAUAUUAUCCCCAACAUAAACCACCUUGCUUGUAUGUACUUGCAGCUUGUACAACUUUGCAUGCACAGCAGGUUUGCCGAGGUCUAAUGAGUGCACUUUUUCCUGUUGUACAAAGCCGGCUUUUUUUUUUUUUUACAAAAAAGUCUUGAAAAAUAAUGUUUUUGGUUUUUUUUUGCAUUAAAUGGCAAAAAACCCCAUAGGUCACAGAUGAUCGUAUAAACAUAUUGAAGUCCACUGUAUUGUAUACAUAAACCCCAUCUUAUCCUACCGUAUCCUAUUGUGUUUUGUAGUGUUAUAUCUUAUCGGAUCAUAACAUAUGAUGUUGCUUCAUACAUUGCCUCAUAUUGUUUUGAAUUGCGCGUCACCAAACUUUAAUGCGUUGCCGCCCCAUACUGUAUUAUAACCUACCGUUUUGUAUUGCAUGCAUCAUAUCAUAUCAUAUCAUAUCAUAUCAUAUCAUAUCAUAUCAAGUCCAUAGUAUUGUGUAGUAGUGUAUCAUAUCAUCAUAUCCAUAGUAUUGUGUUGUAGUGUAUCAUAUCAUAUCCAUAGUAUUGUGUUGUAUUGUAUCAUAUCAUAUCAUAUCAUAACCAUAGUGUUGUGUUGUGUUGUAUCCUAUUGCAUUAUAUCAUAUCAUAUUGUAUCAUAUCGUAUCUUAUCAUAUCAUAUCAUAUCUCUAGAAUUGUAUCGUAUCAUAUCGUUUCGUAUCAUAUCAUAUCAUAUCAUAUCACAUCACAUCUAUAGUAAUGUAUUGUGUUGUAUCGUAUCAUAUCAGGUUACACAGCCCAACCCCUUCAAUGUCUCUUCUUCUGGCUAUUGAAAUACUUAAAAAUAGUCCACAGGCUUGCCUCUGGGGUUUCCUUGAAACAUUCUUCAAACUGUUCAACAUUUUAAUUUGACUUCUCCUUUUAAAUAAUUUAUUUGUUGUGCUGGCACUCCCUCAGAAAUCUGUGCGUCUCUGUGUGGAUGUGUGUGUGUGUGUGUGUGUAUGAGUGUGUUCCAGCAUUAUGUGGAGCUGACACUCCACCACUAUGACUGUUAGUCAGAUCACAGACAAUAAGCAGCUCUCCUCUCACUCUUCACUCUCUCUUUCCUACUUAUAGAAACAGAGUGGGAUCACAGAGUGGGAGUUUUGGAAAAGAUACUCUGCUGACUCUGCUGGACCAAGAGAAAGAAAGAAAGAAAGAAAGGGAGAGACUGAAGAGGCAGUGUUGGCCUCUGAAAUAUUAGCUCGUACAGUGGAUAUCUAAAUAUUUAAGUGGAAAUAUUUCUCAUGCAUUUUAGUUUUUUGUGUGUUUAUUAUAGUAAAUUAAUGCUUUAAACAAAAUCUGCUGCACAUGGGACACUGUGAAUGGGCUUCAGGUCACAGGUAUGGAUUGUAAUGAUCUUAACUGGCUGCAAUAGCUGCCUUUUUUUAAAUAAAGACUGGGGUUGCACAAUGUGGACUGGCUGCUGAAUUUGAGCCCCAACCCAAGCAGCUCACCUUCAAAUAUCUUGGAUUAACUUGAAGUGUAGAUUUUGAAAUACUUCUAUUUAAUUUCCUAAGAGUUGGAUUUAUUGUACUUUACAAGCUAUAUCAAAAUAAUUUGCUUGAUGAGUGUUGCAGGAAGCAUUUUGAACUUCAAGUUGUGUCCUCUAAAAACUCCUUUACCUUGAUUUUGAACCGUUUCAUUGAGAUGUGUUUGAUCCGGACACCCACUUUUCUCUUGAACAGUCACAUCUUAAUUUUAGUUGACUAACAUCCCAUUUAAUCUUUUGUUUUUAUUUUCAAAAACUGUGGGUGGAUGGAGGAAUCAAUGUUUGAGUGAAGAGGUGAUUGAGGUCGAGGAGAGAAAAGAGGGUGGGAGAGAAGGAGAAAGAGAAUGUGUGAAGGAAAGAAGAGGAUGAGGAGGAGGAUGAGCAGAGAAGCCAAGGCCUUUGGGCAAAGCCAAGACCGCCUACAGAUGAUCUCUCCUCCACUCCCUCUCCCUCUCUCUCUCUCUCUUUUUCUUUCUCUCCCUUCACACAGCUUCUUGUCCUCUCUUUCAUCUGCAACCUUUCUGUAUCCCUUUCACCUCCAUUUCUCCCUCUGAUCUCACUUUCUCUUCUUUGUAUUUCUCUUUUUUCUCCUCCUCCUCCUCCUCCAUCUCCUCCUCCCUCAUAGGACAACGAUAUAGGCCAAUGGAGGAGUGAAGUUAAGGGCAGGCCCACACACACAUGCACACCCACACACACACACACACACACACACACACACACACACACACACACACACACACACACACACACACACACACACACACAAGCACAGACCUUCACCAUUCUCUCUGAAGGACAACAUCAGACGUGUAAGUGUGUUAAGAAAUCCCUCAGAGAUGUAGAAAUAUUGAGAUAUGGAUCUGUACUUUGUGUCCCGUCAUGCAGGAAGGAAGAUUAGAAACAAGUAGAUGUGAGGGGAAUGCAAAGACAUGAUCCGUGUCCUAUUUUCAUGGUAUAGGCUCUAAUAAUUCUGUGUGAGUUCACAGUAAGUUAAAAAUAUAAAUUCAAAUCAGACAAGAAGUCUGCAGCAAUGCUGUCUUUGCUCACAUGGUACAGAGUGAAUUUGACGCCAUAGAUGUGUGUCCACCUCUGUUAAAGCAGCGGUAACUCAGGACACUGUUCCAAAUAGGCUUCAUAUCACUUCAAUGCGUCCUAAUUACAAUGACAACUUUAGUGAGGACUGUUUUCCUCUCCUUUUAACACUUGGGUAAAGUGUUUUGCAAAUUUCAGUCAUCUUAUCCUUUCUCAGAAGCAGUGAAAAACACCAGUGAUGCUGCAACUGCUUUUUGCUUUUUGGAUCAGAUUGGUAAUUUGAUCAUUUUAGCAGCUUCCUGUUGUGUCAAAAAUUUGCCUUCGAAUAUGUCGUAAUUUCGCGUCGUAUAUCUGCGUCAGUCCCAGUGUGUAAAGACCUUUACACUUAGAAUGCCAGCAUUUAAUGCAAUAGAAUCUGGUGGAGAGGCCAGACAUUUUCCUUUUUUUUUCUUUAAACAUUUGGGAAUUUUUGACCCAAAGUUGGCACUUGCUGAGAGCCAAGGGAUCAUUACAGCUACCUCACUUAACCUGAGGGGGUGAGUGCGAAAAGUGGACAAAAUUUCAUGGGAGUCUGUCCAGUGGCUGUCUAGACAUUUAGCCUGAAAACAAAUGGGCACCUGAGGAGAGUCGGCAGAGUCCUUCACAUUCAGCCUCUGGGAAUAAUGAAUGACAGACAAACUGGCAGCAUGUUCCCAACAGGCCUUCUGCUAAUGUUGUUAAAAAAAAAGUUAGAAUCCACCUGAGAAAACCUCUGUGGGUAUACCGGAGCGAGUCCGUUUAAGUGUAAUUGGCCACUGUGCUUUAAAUGUUAAAGUUGAUUGACGGGGGAUAUUAAAAAAUGGAAAGAGCAGAAUGAAAUUCUAAGUCGGUACUUUCUGGGAUAUGGAGCAGAGAUAUAAUCAUACAGAUUGAAUUCAGAGAAUAAGGGCAGGCACAGUGGAGAGGGUGAAAUGAUGUGUGUGUUGUUGAGACAGAAUGCUUAUAAAUAGAGGGAGGAAGGUCAGAGGGAAAGAGUCAGGCUUCCUGUAUCCAGCCUCACCACCGGACACACAUACACACACACACACACACACUCAUGCACGGAUACAACACAAACAACAAAAAUGGAGCAUUAAUAUUUUACAUUGUCUGACUUGUAGAGCUGAAAAAUAUCAUACAUUCUUAAAUCCACGUCUGGAUACGGCUGCACCUUUGAAAACAAACUAAACAUGUUCAGUUUUCACUGUCAGAAAUGCACUUGUGUGUCACGUAUGACCAAGAGAUUUUUUUAAAUGAUUUUAUUGCGUCUUUAUUAUCUAUUUGCUUUUUUUCCCCCUUCAAACUAGGGAUGUUCAGAAGAAACAGGUUUCCUAGUCAUUAACAAUCUAUUUUAUCCAGUCACACAGCAGAUCAGUCAUCAGAUUAUCAAUGUCAACUUGAUUCUCCAAGUGUAGUUAACAUUAGCAGAGUUAGCACCACCAGUCUUCGGUCCUCUUUGCAGAUUAACACCCACAUACCGGUGCUGUCUUUGCAUUGCUCUGGUUGAGAGGAUGUAAGCUGAUUUAACCAGACGACCUUAUCUUUGUUAAAAUGCUAUGCCAUGCCAUCUGUCACCUGUGCUCGUUUGCAUCCCUGUAGUUGAGCAUUAUGGUAUUGCAACAGAAGCUGUUGACUAGAGCUAUAGCCAGAGGUAAUGAUCAGUGCCUGGGCUUGAGCUAAGAUGCAGCAAGACUGUCAUUCUGGGCCUUUAAAGAGGAGGGACAGCCCAGAACAAUUAAAACACAUUGACUUUAAUGACUCUUCUUAAAAUAAACAUGCAGACUUUGGUGUUGUAAUCAAAGCUUUAUACUAAUACUAAUGGAUACUUUACAUCUGGAGUGUCUCACUAAAACUGUUGCACUUUCUUGUUGACUUACUUUGACUUCAUAACACCCACUUGGUUUGUCCAUCUCUUUUCAAUAUCUGCUUUUUGUGAAACUGUUUGCAUGUCUUCAUAUUUGUGUUUCCUCUUUUUCUCUGUGUUCGUGGUUAUGUGUAUUUCUGUCUGUUUUUUUGGUCACAUAUUUCACAUGUUUUCACAAGAACACGGUGUUGUUUAGGAGUGCCUGCAUGUUAACUUUUUCUAUGUGUGUGUGUCUGUCUGCGUGUGUGUGUGUGUAUGUGUGAAGAUGGUGAUCUAAUAAGAGUUGAUGGUGUACCCGGCUGCAGCUGCUCGCACACACCCACCCACACACUGUCAGAGACACACAGAGAGGAGACGAGCGGCCUAUAAUUAAAUAUAUUAUACUUAUUAAAGUGAAGAAAAGAGCUCAGGACCAAACUCGCAAACAUUCAUACUUAUAGAAAAGGACUGUUUUGCCGUCAAGUUGUAAAGUCCUGUCAUCAAUACAAUUGGACUUUAAAAAGGGGGGAGCAGUGACUUGCCUUUUAACUAGUCAAUAAAAGUCCUUAGUGUGGACUUUUAUUGACUAGUUAAAAGUCCAGAGUGUGGGUGGCAGUCAGAGCUGAAGAUUCAAGGCACUCUGAUAUUGAUAAAAAUCCUUUAUUGAAACAGAGACUCCAGAGUCUUCAUCAGGAAAUAAUGGGCAGAUAUAAAACACAUGUUUAAGUUCAAUGGAAGGAUAGCAUAUGACACUGUCAUGUGACAAAAGGUCAUUACAAAAUAUAGAAACAUAUAAAAAUAAUCCAAACACAGAGCUCUUAUUGAAGAAGCACUACAAAUUGUUCACAAUGACUUAUAGGGUGACCGUAUUCUGGCUUCUGGCUUUAGAGUUUUUCAGGCGGAUCGAUUGUCUUUUAUGCGCUUCUAACUCAGUUACUCCACGUGACACAAAAUCGAAACUCUCGUACAAAACCGCAGACAUUUGAAGGAUUUUCUAGACUUCCCGGGACAAAGCCGGACAAGCUCGGACAGCCCCCAAAAAAGAGGACAUGUCCGGGGAAAGAGGAGGUAGGGUCGCCUGAUGACAUAUAUCAAAAAAUUUGAGCAAGAAAAUCCACCACAAAAGAGAUUUUCCACAAAAAACUUUUAAAAAGCACAUCCAACAUGGACUCAGCAAAGCGACACGUGGGUGCCGAAGGUCAACGGACACAUCUGAAGGGGAGCUACGAUGAUAACCUUUUGUAACAAUUGAUGCUAUGCUAGACUCUGGCAUACUAAAAACUGACAAUAUCUACUUCUGUCCUCAUCUAACCUUUUAGUAAAGUUAUGAAAGAAGUGCAUUUUCAAAGUGUAACGCAUGUGAUCCUGAGAAAAGCAGCAGUGCUACCACAUCACAUGAUUAAGCCAACUAAUUAACAAACGUAACUUUCAAACCAUCUUAGUGGUUCAUCAAUUGCUCCAUAUUUUUUACACUUUGCAGAAACUGAACAGUGCCACCUGCUCCCAAUGCCAUUUCUGUAUCUAGGACACUUGUGAGGCUCCUGACACGAGGCCUACUCUGUCUGGAUUGAUCCCAUCUACUUUGUUAAUGUCUGCCACAUGUCAGGUCAUGGUCCUGGUCCCAAAAGAUGAGUGUUCUGCACCUCCGCCCGAUCACGUUUGCUCAUCAUGCAUCUCAUGGUCAAACUUCAAUAUGUCCUUCCCUGUUUCUCCGCUCAUCUGGAGGAGUGGAGAGCGAAGAGACACAAGGGUUUUGUGUAUUUCCAUCUUGAAAUCAGAGUACCAGUGGUGUCGCUUUUCAGCUUUUAUGUCCAAGAGGUGCAGCAGGUGUUUGAUUUGUUUGAUAUUCACAGUGGGUGGAGAAUAGAUGGGUUAAAACACAGUUAUGCUGGUUGUUGUUCAGCGGACAUUUGUGACAAACAGACAGAGAGGAAGACAGACAGACAGACAGACAGACAGACACAGGAGGAAUGCUGCUGUACACUCAGAUAAACCAGGGAAGGAAGUCUGAGUGCGGUUGCCAUGACUACAACACUCCUCACACCCUGCCCCCGACACACAUGCACACAAACACACACACACAUCAACGCAGUGACCAGUUAGAAACAGGGAAACGAAAUGGGAAAUGUUUGUGAUUAUCCUCCAGUGUGUGCGGAUAAGAAGAUGUUUUGAGCAAACCAACGAUAAAUUUACACACAAGAGGCGCUAUCAUGUUAACUCAGUGUGUUUGUGUGUCUGUCUAAGCUUGUGUGUUGAUUUCUUCUUGCUAUUGUCACUUGUGGCUUGUGUGCAGUCAUGUUGAGAGUGUGUGUGUGUGUUUUGGUGGGCUUGAGGUCACACUGAGGCUGAAUCCAGACGACACACAGUGUUGCAUGAUCCAACACAACAGAAUCCUUGUUUCGUCUUUAUCUUUCUAGAAAAUACACAAUUUCGAAACCUGAUAUUGUGUCUCUGCACCAUCUUUGUUUACAUACUGGUUUGACGUGUGUUCUACACUCGCUCUCUCCAAAUUUGAGUCUUCCUCUUUCAGCUGAAUCUUUGCAGGUUGAGAAAAAUCCCCCCCCGCUUCUUUGGCAAAAUAAUCCACCUAGAACAAUCCAUUUUUAGAAUUAUUGCUAUUGAGAAUAUGAAGGAUAAUCUCUAGAGUCCAGCAUCGGCUUAUAAUACCACAGAAAAAGAUUUGAACAGCAUUAUCACAGAAAAAAAAAGAUAAAUAAAAUGAAAAUAUCCUUCACUCUGAUGAUUUCAAAACAAACAGUUUCAGCAUACUCAUGUCAACAUACUGUAGAAGGAAGGAACUUGCACUUGAUUUUGUAAUAUUGACGAAGUUACAGGAUGUUGCAUUUUACUGCUCAAACAUAUGAGUUCUUCUUAUUCAGUCCACAGCACUGUUAUCUAACUAAAAGGAUUAAAAGAUAGUGUUUUUGAUGUAGAUCUAAUGUCAGUCAUAUGACAUGUUUACCAAGUUUGCAGGGGUGAGGCUUUAACUUCGUGGUGCAUUCAUGCACAGUGUUGAGUGUAGGUUACCAGUAUUUGCAGCGCUCAGAGUCCCAUUGUAUCAGCAAAUAUCUUAUAAUUAAAGAAACACUGGUGUGUUUGUUGACAAGCUAUUGCAGUGCAGAAAUUCCAGUCGGGUCUGUGGUAAUUUCAAAACAGUGUCACUAUUCAAGCGGAUCCCAACCUCUGUCAUUACACUUGAAACCAACUCAUGUCAGAGCUUUAGCUGCUGUUGUAGCCCUCUAGCUUUUAAGAUUUCAUGUGAUGUAGAAUCAAAGUUCCCUUAAACUGAAGUCAAAACAUCUGGGGCUCCCCCUGCUGUCUAACCGCGGUAUAGACCAUGGAGCCCCAUGUUUACAAAUUGGACGUUGGUCAAACUUCAAAACCAGAUUAAAUAGAUCUGAAUGUGCAUUUGUUGAGAAUGCGUUCCACCAUUAUACAGAUUUCAACUACAAACUCACCUACUCUCUCCCAGCAGGCGCUUGUUUGUAGCAAGACCUCGGGCCAGUCCAUUGAUGAUGGACUGUUGCGGAGUGACGCAGCUGAAGGAAGAACACUUUCACCUCUUUGCUAAAGAAAUUUUAAGCAAAGUUAAAAAGAUGUUUGGUGGCUAGUACUAUGGCUGGGACCCUGUAUGUACUGUUCAUGAAGUUAGGUGCUGUUCUGAGCAUUAUUUGUGGCUGUAGAGUGGCGUUUUGGUUGAGGUUUGUUUAUGGCUCCUCAGACUGCUGUGUAUUGCUAUCGUGCGGUCGUUGCUAAAGUUGGUAUAACUAGAAAAGCAAGCGGUCGGCAACAUUCAUCUCUGUCUAACCCGGUAUUAUGGUGUGUUUGACCUGUUAUUCCUGUCCUGUUUGUCUGUUUAUUUUGUUCUUAGAGUUGAAAUAAAGUUCAUGUACACGUUACAUUUGGAUGUGGAGGAUGGCAGGUUUCUCAUACGAUAUCAGUUUCACAGGCAGUCAGUUCCAUGCGAUGCUUAAACCCUCUUGUCCCGUCCUAUUCAGUCUGUUUUUGUGUGUUUGCAUAUGGUGAUGAACCUUUAUCCAUCACAGCAUAUUACCUGAGGCACUGAGAGGAGGCCUGAACACACACAGGCUUAUACACUGUCUCUUAUCUCAGAGACACACACACAAGACCAUGCAUACACACACACACAUGUAGUACACACUCUGGGCAUGCUGUGUCACCAGCGGCAACGAGCGAGCCUUUCACACUGACCCACAUAAAAGGAUAGAGAGAGAGAGGGUGAGGAGAAGGUAGAGAAAGUGGGCUGAGAUAUAAAGAAAGGGAAGAUUGAAAGGAGAGGGAUGGAGUGAAAGAAGAGAAGAACAAAGGUUUGAGAGAUUUUGCUGAGUAAAGUACGAGCUCACAGAGUCUUCAAGUGUCCUCAACUAUCAGCUCUGAAGUUUGAGCUACGUCUAAAUGCUGCUUUUACUUCAGUGUGUGUGUGUCAUUAAGAUUUAAACCGAAACAUUCUGCAGGUUGACAGAUCUCGUAGUGUUGGGUUUUCCCCUCUUGUCAGUUUCAAAUAUCUGCUGGUGGUAAUGAAGUUGUCACCUGUGUGUGUUUGACACCAUCUCCCACUGACUUCUCACCUGCAAACUCUGGAAGCUUGACUGCAAAAUCAUCGUAAAUCAUAGGCCUUCAUUCAUCAAGGAUCCUUUCUCGUAGUUAUUACAUAAAAAUGUAUAGUUAUGAAGAAAAUACCAGUAUUGCCCUUUAAUACUGCCUGAUGCAAUAACAAACACCAAUAUUCAAGUCGCACGAUAAUGAGUUGUCUCUAUAAAGACAGCCACAGAGGCUAACCAUAUAAGCAGCAGAUAAUGUCCUUCCAGAGGAGGAAAUCCACUUCUCGACUUCUAAAAUCAGUACCUCCUCAUCCAUGGUGUCAUCGGGGUGAAAUGCUGUCUAUAGACCUUUCACUUGUUCAUCUCCGCCCGUUUGCAUGCUGUGAAAUACGAUCCGCUUGAAACACAAUAGUGUUUUAUUUUGAAAAGAAGCCAGAUGUUUUAUUUUGUGUCUGUGUCCAACUUCCUUUCCAGCAUGGGUUAAUCUGUGCUGAAUUUAUCCGGCAUGCUCCAGCGUCCAGAAAAAAUAGAACUCUUGCGAUCAGCUGCGGAGUCCGGCAAUCGGAAAGAAGCCGGUGGAAAUUGACACAAUAACUUGAAUGGAAACGACCAGCUGUGAUUGGCAGAUACAGCCUUUUGUAGCAGUUCCAGAUGUGGUGAAAAUUGGGGGUUACUUAUCUGCAAUAGGGUAGAAAAUUAUUGAGUUUUGCCAAUUAUUGGGGCAGAUAUUCAAUAUUUGACGGAUUAUUUGUGUCACCCCUUUGACUCGACAGAUACCCAAUAAAAUCACUUGAUUAAAAGGUCUCAAAUGGUUUCAAAAGGUCUUUGUGGCCUGCCUGGACUAACACUUUAUUCAGACAAUUCCAACACUGACAGAUUUGUUGAUACUGACGAACUACUGGUCAGUAUACUUGGGAAUUGACCAUACUACCAUGCUUAAUUCUUGUUAACUCUUCUUUUAUCUGUGUAUAUUAUAAAUCUCAUUUUUAAUGGGUUUAUCGUAGUUUGUCAUUAUUCAAUGCUGUCUUCAUGAUGAGGACUCCAUGACUCCAGGAGGCCAGCAUCCAUGUAGCUCAGAGUUGAACCAGCUGUCAUCCUCAGUCUUUUUUGGGUUUUAAAUUCAUGAGCAGAAUGAAUCCUGACUGUCAGAGAAAUAUGUAUAAAACUUUCAUCAUUUCUUACUUUCACAUAACACCGAAGCAGUGAGACAUGCUACCUGGAACUUAUCGUGCCCUAACUAAAAUAAGGACUAUACAGCAAAAACACUUCCUGAGUUAUUCUUCAGCAAGACUGACAGUCAGUUUGAGCUGUACAGGAGCUUCUUCUGGCCGGAGGGUAUUUUGGAACAUACAACCAGAUUUCUACAGGCCUACCGGGUUUCUACCGGGUUUAGCCCAACCACACACCAAAUUAUUUAAGCUGAAAUCUUCUCACUAAUAGCAGAAGUAUGGAAAGUAUUUGUGCUUGAAGCUGUAGUCUGUGACUGGAAAUCUGUUACACUGCAGCACAGCAGGUUUCACACUCUCCUCUUGUGUUAAGAAGCUUUUAUUGUUUAAGAGAGUGUAAUCAUUUUGGUGGUAUUACUCCAAAUAUUCUAUUUUAGUUCGAAGGAGUCCUUAAAUUCUUGAGGAAUCAACCGUCUUUAUCAGCACUAAGGCUGAAAGAAGAGUUGGUCUUUGUGGACUGUAAAUCCUCAUAUCAGUGGAAGUCUGUGCUGCACAAAUAUUCAGCUAAAUGCCUCUCUUAAUACCGCUGAUAAAAGUGUGUGUGUGUGUGUGUGUGUCUGUGUGUGUGUGUAAGCACAAGCUCUUGCGGUCGUCUGUCUGUGUGUAUCUCAGAUUGCCUUUGCCAGGUUGUCUCUCUUACGUAAUGCUCCAAAAAUAGAACAGACUCACCUGUACAGGAAAGCAGGAGGAAAGGAGACACAGAGAGGGCAGAAAAGAGGGAGCGUUGAAGAAAAUAGAGAUCGAGGAAAGGGAAAAGUACAAUUCCUCAUUAUCUCCUGAACACCCCAUAAUGAUGCAAGAAUUAUUUCCCAGUGCAACAGAAAAGUUUCCUGCAAGAAUAACAGUUUAGUUAAUUCAGUACAUUUUUCUAUUUUGAUCAAUUACUUGAUAUAGAUAAUGCCACUAUACAUGAGAUUCUGUGCUGGGUUAUACUGGGAUAGUUAUCACUUUACCUCUUGCCCUGUCAGGCUAUGUCUUCGAGAAAUUUCUAUCACAUCACAGUUCAAACUUUGUUGCACCAUCUAACUUUGGUUUUGAAAGGUGUAUCAUGAAUAAAGUCAAAAGUUAUUCUGAGGGCCUGUGUCCAUUUACUGCAUUUUUAGCUCUGGCAACACCCAUGACUUUAAUUUCAGAGCCCGUGGAUACAGGCCCUUAAUGCCUUCUCGCGGUGUCUUAAAGAUUGAACUAACACUGAGAUUGCUUUUGCAUUGAGGUCACCAAGCACCUAAAACGUUCAUCUGUGCUGAUUUGUUAAAAACAUUGAUAUCACUGGUGCAAAACAUACUGCCAGUGGACACAGGCCCAUAGCAGUGUAAAGAAACCUAACUUUAAGUAAUGAGGAGACUAAAUAAAACAUAUACUUUCCUCCAUAUUUCCUAAAUUUAGUUUUCAAGUUUAUUUGAGGUGAAUAAACUGUCAAAUUUUGUUCCCUUAAUUUUUUGUAAAUGUAGUCAAAAUUUGAUUUAAACCUGAUUUAUGCCUGAGAAGAAAAAAAAAAGCAAAAGUAAUAUUUAAAAUGUCACAGUUUGAAAGUUAUGAGUAGUACAACAGUCUUCCUGACAUCAUUUCCUCUAGUUGGAUUGCUUUGUGUGUGUAUUUUGUGUGUCAGUGUGUGACGAGUGCGUCACCUUUAAUCUUUAGAGUCAGAGGUAGAGUUGAGGACAGAGGUGAGGUUUCGUGGAUCCAGUGUCAGAGUUCAUUGGACACCACGGCUCUCACAUUCACUCACUAAUGUUCCCUACUUCUGUUCACUCGUUUAUCUCCUUUAUCUAUCAUCUCAGUCUCACUUCUGUCCUUUCCUUCAUCAGCUAUGUUAAAAAAAACAGGUCUGAUCUCUGAAUUGUAACCCUGGACGGCUAACUUUACGUCCCACCUGGAUCAAAAGCACACACAUAUACACACAUACACACACAGACCGUGACUCAGUGCGGAGCUCGGAUGUCUGGUGUCAGGUCUCUGUUGCCCGUCACGUCGAUUGGCGUAAUUACCUGCCCGUGCAGCGAGUGGAGUGUGGGGGUACUAACUGCUGGGUGAUUCAUUCUACUCUGGAGGAAAUAGAGAGAUAUUAGCAGCUGAAUAAGUGAGCGAAGCUUUCAGAGUAACAAUGAUAAACGUUGGAGCAGGAGGACGGAGAGGGAGGAGAGGGAGGGGGAAGAAGGUGAGAUGGUUUCACCGACUUCUUGGCUACAGGUGAGCUGCUGUCAUGAUAACCUUUGAAACUCUUGACUGUAUUGGUGUGAAACGUUAUUAUUGCCAGUAGUGAAACAAAUCAAUUCUUGUCAUUAUCCCGGUCUAAAUGCCACACUAGAGUUGAUUGGCUGUUCAAGGCUAACAGGUGACAGGUUUUGCUUGGGAACUGUCACUGAUAUGCCAAUUGUUUGGCACCUGGAUUCCUCUACCUGCCCUUCUCCAAAACAUGUUUGUUAUCGUCAGAAUUAAAAGAGGCCUUUAUAGAAGUGAAUCUACCAUUACAACACUAUUAGGGAUGCUGGCUUUCGAACUGUACACCUCUCUUCUCUAUAGAGCCAAGGAUAUUAUGUCCAUAGUCUACAAACAGAAAGGGCAUUUCUGGAUUAUGUUUACAUGUCCUAUUUCCUAUAUGGAAUUUCCUAUAUGCAUUUACCUCCAAUUAUGGAUGCAGCCAGAAACUGUGAUCAUAGACAAGGGUUUUUGGAAGUGAUUUUGAGCCCAUGCAGAGGUAGGGCUGGGUGAUAAAACAAUAACAAUAUGUAUUGAAAAUGAAUUUUCCCUCAAUAUCAAUAUGAAAACAUGGUCAAUAUGCUUUGCGUAGUACUGGGCGGGGAAAAGUUUAUCAUGAUAUAUUUUUUUCAUAUCAAUUGAUAUCAAAAUAUAUCACCAUAAGAAAAUGAAAUUUGACAGCAUGUCUAUUAGUAGAUAUGCUACCAACAAGCACUGUUAAAUUUCAUUUAAGAGUAACAGGGAACAUUUAAGAUUGACAAGUGAUUUUUUUUAUAUUGUGAUAUAUAUCAGCAUCGUCUGAUAUGAAAAAAAGGAUAUUGUGAUAAACUUUUCCCCAUAUUGCCCAGCCCUAUGCAGAGGUUUCCACUUCAGAGUCAUGUCUGUCUGAGGACCUAAAGAUCUCACUUGUCUGGCGCUGGUCUACAGCUUUGUCCCUCUUAUAAUAUUUUGUACAAUAGAUGAUAAAACCCUCAGAUUCUUUGAAAUUUUAUGCUGAGGAACAUAAUUCUUACAUUGUUGAAGUAUUUGCUCACACAGUCCCUCACAGAGAGAGGUUUAAUGAUAGACUUCUGUAUCUUCAAUAUGUUGUGCUCAACCAUCAUGUGAAGAGAGGAGAGCAGGGAGAGGAGCAAACUGUAGCAGGAGUGUCUGUUUAAGUGAAAGGGGUAGUUUUUAAUGACGAAGUGUAAAGUUGAUACGCUACUACAAGAAAAAGUCAGGCAGUGGUUUAGUGAGUAUUAUUAUGACAGUGAUUUUUGCCACAAACAAGCAGCCCCAGCUACCGUUUAUUUGCAUUAAGAGCCAAUUUCAAAACUAGCUAUACACGUUUCAGGUUUCAGAAGGUAGAUAUAGGUUUCUUUUGAAAAACCUUAAACAUUUUCCAACAGAGACAAUCCGUCUUCACACUAAAACCCACACUGGUGCAGUUGCGCCUCUUUUGUCAAACAACUUCUCCCACAUAAUCACAACAUCUUCUGCUCGGCGAGGCAGAGGAUGUUCAAUUCCAUUCCUCCCACUUGCAGCUGCUUUUUUUUUAUAUCUGUGGCUCUUACUUUUUGUUCUCGCUUUAUCUUUAAUCAACUACGCUUGCCGAGUCAUGAUGAAACUGGUUAAAUAGCUGCAACGGUACUGCGGAAAGAACAACGCCGCUGUGGAAAGACUUCUUCAUAGCACCUGAAAUCAGAAUUUAACUCUGUAAAUAUUGACUGUCACCUCCUCCAUAAUUCUCUGGGAUUUGCAUUUUAAAAACAGGUGAGGGAUUAUAGAAAUGAUGAAUUUCUCUGUGUGCAGAGUGCAAAUUUAAGUCACCAUGUUUCCUUCUGCAUCAGUAACUGCAUCAACAGUUUACAGUAAAGUUGCAGAAACACACACACACUCUCAUGCACACACACACACAAACCAGAUUCAGCACCAAUAUAAUUACUGGAUGAGCUGCCGAUGCUCCCGCUGUGCAGUUGGCAUAGCAACGCUGACAACCCACCUCUGCUGGUAGAAGAACAAGAGGAGGAAAAAUAGGGUGAGGAUAAAAAGGAAAACCAGGGGACAAGAAAAAGAGCAGGAAUGGUAGGAGAGGAGGAGAGGAGAGAAAGAUUAGAGGAGGUGGAUGGUCUGACCGCGCUGAAUGUGAUGACGGCAGGGAUGUGAAGACAAAAAGGAGAGUGGAGGAAGAGGAGGAGGAGGAGAGUGGAGGAGGAAGAGGAGGAGGAGGAUUAGUUCCAGAGAUAGAAGAGAGGAAGGGUCCAGAUGAAGAGAGCGGUGCAGGCAGGGAGGAGGAGGAGGAGGGGGAGGGAGGAUGAUAAAGAGAGAGGGAGUAGGUGGUGUUAGAGAGAGGAGCAGAGAGCAGCUGCAUUCAGCUCCUCUGUUCACGUUUUAAUUUCAGCUCUGAGAGUCUCUUCCUCUGAUAGCUGACUCUGAAUAUGAGCUGUUAGUGAGACACCACUUACCUUAAUACCUACAAACAUGUUUUGUAACAUGUCUGGAGCUGAGCUAUAAGAGCAUCUAUCAUCUUUUACUGUGACUAACUCCCAUUCAGGGAUACUGGAUCUAUAGAGGGAUAGGGAUUCCUUUCCGUUCAUAAUCUCCAUCAAUUAUCUUUACUGCUUAUCCCUCUGAGGGUCACAUGCUGUCAUCCCAGCUGUCAUUGGGCGAUAGACGGGGUACACCCUGAAGAGGUCAUGAGUCUAUCAGGGGGUUGAUACAUAGAGACAGAGAGCCAUUUAAGGACACAUUCACGUGUAUUGGCCAUUAAAAGGAACCAGUUAACCUGAUGGAAACUCUGAAAGAAUUCAGGUCCUUUCUGUCUUUAUUUAAAAAAGGGUCAGAAAGGAUAAACAAUGAAGAAGGUUUCCUUUCUGUUCUCAUUUAUAUACAUUAUCUAUUAGUUUGGCAUGUUUACACAUCUUUUAGCUUUCCAUACACACAAAAACACACACUACACCGACGGCUUUCCCCUCUUUAUACACACAGCAGCUUAGCCCGCCCGGCCUCCUGCUGUUUCUCUUUUUCCUUUUUUCUGUUUACAGCCAAUCUUUUGACAGUAAUCUUCAGUAGCAUGUUUUAUAAAGGGGCCCAAAUAACACGUCUCUAGGGCCCUAUGAUUUAUGCAAUGCCGGAAACAUGGACAGAAUCAACGGUGAAAUGCAGAGUGUUGUAAAUGUAUUUAUUUAAAUGACGAAAGAAAAGCAGGGGAUGUCAGAGGAGACGGACAAUAUGGCUGUAAAGUAAGAAGAUGGGAGCAAUACCACUUUCAAGCAGACCAAUUACAAGCAAAGACUGUACAUAGAAUGGACGCCGUCUGCCUCCUCACUGGGUGAAGCCACUCCGAGAACAGCACCCUCUGUUGACGGGCUGCAGUAUAGGUCAUAAAUCCCGCCUCUGCCAGCCAUCCUUAUGAAGCUGUGGACAAACUUUAGAAAUUUAUUACAACAUUAAUUUUUUCCCCCUGGUUGCGAUAUUGACAUGUAGUUACUGUAAGACUGGUUUGUGCUCAAGUCCUCUUUUUUCUGUGCAGCUCCAUUUUUAAAAGUUAUUAGGGGGUUCAUGUUUUUUGUGAUUGACACUUAUGACAGCCUAUAGGCGUACAAAGAUAGCGUAGUUCACCCGGAGGACACGCUGUUUGAGCCGAGUGUCAUCGCGGUGACUCUCGGCGACUGUCCUGCCAAAUGCGUACAACGAGUGUAGAGUACAAGAUGCAUUUAUUACACCCUGUAACAACUCUGCAAGCCAGACUUCACCUUUUGAACUGCCUUCCUUAUUCCCCACAUUUCUUGACUGUGCAUGUUUAAUCAUCAUGCUGGAUUUUAUGUCUCAUCUUUAAUUAUUCAAUAGUAUAAGUACUGCUCUAUUUGCAGCUGAUUGUAUUGUUCGACCAUGUAGUUUUGCUUUGUUUGGCUGUCGAUCCGGUUUUAUUUUAAUGCUUUUAAACUCCAUUUAUUUUUAGACCGCAGCGCUUUCUCCGCCUUUUUUGUGCACAAAUCUCCUUAAAAUAACUCUGAGGCAAAUGUGUGUGUUCAUACGCCGCCAUGUUCAGUGGUUGUGUGUGGACAACAGAGAAGCCUCACGCUGUAUUUUGUGUAUUAGUGUUUAAGAAGUGAGCCUUAAUGCCUGUGAUCCUGUCUGCUUUUAGUAGAUUAGGACUCACUCAGAUGUAAUGGUGCCCAUGACCUCUGAAUGCGAGCGUCUGUUUGUGUGUUUGUGUGCGUUUGCAUACUGAAGUGUGUAUCCAUUUACAUUGUUCCAUGUUGAGUACAUCGAGUACACUGCCGCAGCUGAGCUCUGACUUUCACUCUCUGCCUGUUUGACACCAAACACACUCAGGUAUACGGCUAAAUGUGAGGAUCAUUUCAGUGGAGACACACAGACUCAGCCUAUUCAUUCAUAUCAGAUCAACAGUAAUCACUUCAAAAUCAUCCUGACUGUUCGGUGCUCACACACAGCUGUAGGCAGCAGGGUUAACUAUGUGUUUGUAUGUGUGUGUGUGAAAUGUUCAAAUUGAAGCGGUAACAAUCAGGAUCUUGUUUCAUACUUUGGCCAGCUCUGUGCCGCUCACCUGUGUGCCAAGUAGGUUGUGUUUUCAGUGCCAGUGGUCUAUUUUUCAGCAGGAUUACAGAAAAACUACUGACCUGAUUUUCAGGAAACUUGUCAGCAUGAAGCAUUAGACACAGAGUUUAAGAGUGCAACUUGAUCGAGCUCCUUGAAAGGCAAUAAUCUAAACGUCCCUCUUUAACUGUUGAUCUGAGAUAUCAGCGGGCCAAGCUUGUCUUUGCCGUUUAGAGAGGAAACACCUUCAUUUGCUUUUCAACUUGACAACUUAUUUUACAACUUUGACAUCCCUGUGAGGAGUUUUAAAGAUAUCAAGAUUUGGACACUUAGAAAACUUCUUCAGAAGUGAAGGUAGGUUUCAAGAACUGCAAACUUUGCAGCCUCACUUGUGUAUUCUGCCAGAUUUCAAAAUGCUAUUAUUUUGUUCUUGUCUACUUUGUAAACAUUUGAAAUGUUAGGUUGCCUCUGCUGAAGUAUUUAUCUUGAGAUUUCAUCUGUUUACUUUGAUGCUCUGACUGACUCUGAAAAACAUUGACCAAUGGGAGCCAUCUGUCCCGGACAGCUCCUUUUGAUCAAUGUCCUGCUCCGCCUCUCCAUCCAAUCACCUCAAUGUAUUUGACACAUCCCUCUCCUGUAGUUCCGACUCGUCCCCUCCCACUCUCCCGGCCCUCCUCGGAGCUCUGAGCGGCUAAAUGUAGCAUAGCAGCUUAGCUACAGGAGCUGUGAUGGAGAAGGACGCAAAAAAAAAAAAUUCUGCUUGCCCAAUUGCCAAAGGUACUAAGAAAAUGCAAGCUGACAGAAGAAAGAACAGAGUCGAAGAGAGAUGUGACAAAGCGAAGAAUCUAACUCGAAUAAACCUCGGGUCUUCGUUCGAGCGGGGGGAGAAAGCUCCGCCUGGAUUUGGGCCUGAAAACAGACAUUGAGACAGCAGUUUUUGUUGAACACGUCAUUUUUGCCUUUUAUUGUGGCCUAUGUUAUAUAAAUAACUAUUAUCAGUCUCUGCAAUGUCAACACGGUAGCUGUCGUAGCAGCUGCAGACGGUGCUCACUAGCAGGGCUGGCGUUUACUGCUGCUAGUCACUAUCAGUCCAGCAUGGUGAAUUACACUUAAAGCUAGCGUAGGAUCUUCUGCCGGCCAGCUUCUAGCUCUGCCAGAGGGGGUUUGUCGUGGGAAGGGUGAUACAGGUUCGGGGGGGAGUUAUCGUGGACCACAGACAGGAGAGGUUUGUGUGUGCCUUUUUCAAAUCUGCUUCAGCGGCUUAGUUUUUUUCAACUUCUUCUCAGAUUGUCAACCAUGCCUUUAAUUUUGUAGUAAACAAAAGUGAAAAUAGCAAACAAAUAGGAAAACAGAUGGCCUUAUAUUAAAUUAUGAUUUGCGCUCAAGUGAGUAAUGAAAAUGAAAAAAGUGUUUAAAAACAUUAGAGAAAAGCAGCAUAAAGGACAUGUUAAUCUUUGUGUACAUGCUGAGGCAGGGUGCCUACUCGAUGCACUUUCAUAGACCCUGGGACUGAAUUAGGCCACGGAGCCACUGUUUUCCCACAUUUUGUGAUGUCUUCCUUCUUUUACCUCAAAAAGUCUCACAGAUGAUUGUGUGGACAGAUUUUCCAGCAAAGCACCGGCAUCUGAGAUGUCUUGAUACUUAAAUCACUGUAAUUCUAAUAAGACUUAUCACGCUUGGUUUUAAAGCAAGGUUACAUACUUGCACACAAAAAAAUCAUGUACCAUGUCUGCCACUCUCUAUAGUCUGCUGGUAGACAAGUGGCAUAGAAGCAAACAUGACAACAAGAAGGCCUGAAACAGCUAAAAGAGAGGCAUAAUGAUUUCAAAGAACAAGAUGUGUCAUUUGUAGUCAUUCUCUGAGUCUUUUCCCUUUGUGGACUUGUCUUUUAUGCCAGUAAAGUAGUGGACCUGUUUCAAAUCCAAACUGAGAGAUCCUUGGACUUAUUUUACAUGUCGAACACACUCUUACAACUUGACUGUUUUCAUAGGUGAUAUUUGAUGAUUUUUAAAAACAUACUAUCACACUCUGGUUUUCCAAAAAGGAGAUAUUAAAUAUCAAAGUCAAAAUAUGGGCAUUUACUUAAAAUUACUAUUUAAUAGUUUUAUUUUGUAUUGUGUGGAAACUGUAGCACACAGAUAAAACUCAUUGUCGUCCUCCUCACGUCGCCUUUUUUUUUUAGAUCCACCAGGCAGUGAGACUUCAACAUUGUUGUCUUCUUCAUAAUCAUCAUCAUCAUCAUCAUCAUCAUCAAUCAAUCAAUCAAUCAAUUAAUCGAUCAAUUAAAUUUUAUUAAUAUAUUGCCAAAUCACAACAGUCGUUGUUCCAAUACGCUUUCUCAAAAAGAGCAGGUCUAGACAACGCUCAUUGUUUGAUGAAUUACAAAGACCCAACCUUAAGGUGGGACAGAUUUGACCCAUCUCAUCGGACAUGAGUGACAGUGGCAAGGAAAAACUUCCCUUUGAAAGGCAGAAACCUUGAGCAGGACCAGACUCAUGUCAGACAGCCACCCACUGCGGCUGGGUUGGGGAGAAACACAGAGGGAGGGAGAGAGAGGAGUGGGAGGGAGGACAGGGGGAUGAGAAAGGGGGGGGGGGGGGGCAGAAGCAACAUCUACGCCAUCAUCCUCACAUCCGCCUUCUUUUUAGGCCACCAGGCUGUGAGAAGUCAUCUUCAUCGCUAUCAUCCUCCUUUAAAAGCCAAAUCAAGACAUCAUUAUUUGCACAAGCUUUUCUUCAAUGUUUUGGGGCUGCUAUGAUUGUUAAUGUUGUUGUCUUGGCCUUUAAAAUUUUGGAAAUUUAAUAUGUACAUUUUUACUUUUCGUUUAUGUAAAGCACUUUGUGAGUUUCUGUCUGUAAAAGGUGCUAUAUAUAAAUAAAGCAUAGUUACUUACAUCAUCAUUGUCCUCACGACAUCUUUCUCUGGACCUUCCAGGUGAUUGGACGUAAAAAUUGUAGUAGUCCUCAUUAUCGCUAUACUCAUCAUCGUCAAUAUCAUCAUCUUCAUCCUCACGAUGUCUUUUGCUUGAUUUGCCAGGCGAUGGGACAUAAAAACUGUAGUAGUCCUCAUUAUCACUAUAAUCAUUACUACUAUAAUCAUCAUCCUCAAUAUCAUCCCUCUCUAAUACUGGGAGUGGGGCGACUUGAUCCACACCCUGGUCUUCCUCCAUGGCGUCCUCAUGGUCAUCAUUCUCUGAGUCAGAGUCUUGAAAAAUGAAAUUAAGCUGCCACUGAUCAAGCGGUUGUAAAAAAACAGAAAAAUCUGGGUGGUCACCACUUUCACCAACAGUACUAAUCACUGCAAAAUCCUCCAAACCAUCUUGAUGGUCGCCUGUCAUGUUGACGUUAUGUGCCAUUUUCUCAGUGGUUGAAGAUUGAAAAACACUGCAAUGUCUGAAAGUAAACAGAGCUUGCAUGAACAGUGAGUGAGUGUGAGAGUAUGAUUAAACUCCAGGGUUAUAACCCUCUCUCUCGCCUUCUAAAACUGUGAUGUCACGUGUGGGGGGGGGGUGUAUGUUCUGUGUAAAACAUGUCAAAGCAUAAUAAGGUGGUGAUAAUUAAUCUACAGCUAGUACAAAAUAACACUGGCAACAUUGAGGCAUGACAUCAGCCCUGACAUACACUGAUCCAACAGUACUGUUGUAUUGUGCAGAGUUAAUUAUUCUCUCUCUAUGAAAACAAAUACAGGAGUAUAGAUUAAAGUCAUCUGUUAUUUCUAUGGGACUUGGGAACUACAACAGUUGUAACUACAACAUUAAAACUGUCUCAGCUGGUGCCACCCCUAAAAUACAUGCUAUAUGAACAGACACAACACAGAGUCCUGCGGCUUUACAGCACAAAGAGACUGAUCAUGGCAGCUGUGACUUUUUAAGCAGCCAAUGAAAAACUAAUACUGAUGCUCAUGUCCUUGUUGAAUUUGCUGUGAUAUUCAGGCAUAAUAGAUAGGGGUGGAAAAAAGAAUCGACCACAUACGUAUCGCUAUUUUUUUUUUCCACAAUUUUUAAAACAAUUUUUAUGUUCAAAAGGCGAUUUAUUUUUUUUCAAAUUUAAUAAUAAAUCUUAAAAUCUGACUUACAUGUGAUGUGUAUUUUUGGGGGGAAAUAUGGUUCCUGGAAUAGUCAGUAGACAAUCAUAAUCAUUCAACUGUUUCACUGGUGUUUAAAAUACAGACUAAAUAUCGAGAAAAUCAACAAUAUUGUAGAAUCACAACUUAGAUGGAAUUGGCAUCCAAAAAAUUGUAGAAGAAUCGAAUCAGGAGAAAAGCAUAUCGUCCAAGCCAAGUAAUAGAGGGGCAAAAUCCUCUCACCUCUGAUCCUCUUUCUGAUUUAGUAAAAGAGGUGAAAUGGGGUGAAGAUGGUGCUGAUGUUCAGUGUUGGAGUCGGCAGGGUGGAGCAACGCUGUGUGUGUGUGUGUGUGUGUAUGUGUGCAUGUGGCGCUCCUACUCUGUUGCUGUAGCAGAAUUACAAUGUAUGAGAGGCUAUAGUGAUAGAUAACUCAUAGAUAUAGUCUCAGUGAUGUCCCCCAUUAGUUUCUGAGGAGGCGUUUUUGAGCUCAGCAAAGGCUGCCAUAUUGGAAAUGUUGACUCAACCCAACUUAUCGCCAAAGUCAACAAAGGCAAAGGAGAAAAACUGCAGUGGGCUUUUAGCAUCCUGCCAAACAACUACAGUGGGUCUAAAUUACUCCAUGGUACACCCGAAUGUACACACACGGAAACAUACUUAUAAAUACUGUUUUACAAAGUCUAAGUCUAUUGUGCCCCAAAUGAGAACACCUUUUCCUGUUAUUACUUCCUGGAUUAAUGCUCUCAACACAUAAUCAAUCAAUCAAUCACAGUUUAUUUAUAUAGCGCCAGUUCACAACAGUCGUCAUCCCAAGACGCUUUCCAAAGAAAAAGAACAGGUCUAGACCAUGCUCAUUGUUUGAUGAAUUAUCAAGACCCAACCUUAAGAUGGGAUUUGGCCCAUCUCAUCUAACAUGAGUGACAGUGGCAAGGAAAAACUUCCUUUUAACAGGCAGAAAACUUGAGCAGGACCCGACUCAUGCCAGACAGCCACCAAGCCGCUGCUGGGUUGGGGAGGAAUACAGAGAGAUAGGGAGAGAGGGGGAGACAGAGUAGGAAGGGGGCAGUGUGUAAUUUUUACUCCUAGAAAAUUAACCACUACAAGUCUCAGUCAGAAACAGAGUGAAGUCGAACAAAAAUGGCAGGAAAGCAAAAACAAAUUCAUUGUGUUUUUGUCUCACAUUCACUUUCUACCUUUGGUUUCACUUCCACACAAGUGGUUUCAACAAAACUGUCUCCCAGCUUGAGUUAUUUCCCACAAUGUCCUCAAAUAUCUGCUGUCAACAAAAGGUAGACAAGUUAUCAAAGCUGAAAGUGAGAACAAAAUCACACAAUGAAACAAAGUUGUCUUCAAAAUUAAUUCUAUUACCAGUUCUGUGGUUCUGACUUCAGGAGGCUGUUUUUAUUGUGUAAGUGUGUGUAAGUGUGAGUGUGGUCCCCUGCCCUUUGUGGCAUAUGUCUGGUCACCAUACGUCCUUGCAUUUGUGCUUUUGUCGCCCACGCAAAACUAUUUUUAGCUCAGAAGUCGUACAUGCAUAUAGGUGUGUGUGUGUGCACGCGCGCGUGUGUGUGUGUGAGUGUGUGUGUCAGGGUGUGUCAUCAGGUUACAGUGUGUGUAAGUGGACUCCUCUUUGUCCUGGUUGAUAAUUUUAGACAGACGGCCACUGAAACUUUCAACAGGAGGGUCGGAUGCUGUGUGCAACCUUUUCCACUGACAGACUGACUGACACACACACACACUGACACACAAAUGCAAAUGUACACACACACAUGCAAACACAUGCUGUUACCAUUAUUACCGGAUAUAUAAAUAUACCACAGUCUUGCUUAUCUACCUUCCAGUGUAAAAUCCUGUUUUUACAUCCCUCUGCUCUAUGGAAGAAAACAGGUAAUUAAAUAAUCAAUAUUUCCACAUUUUCACGUCUCGUGGUUUUUUCUUAUGAUUGGACGAAACUAGUUCCUCAACUAUUUGAACAGAUAUUUAAUUUCUGACGUUUUGGCUUGUCAAAAUUAGGUAAAAAUUGAGCACAAUGUUUAACACAGCUAAACACAGGAUUACAAAAUCUGCAAGUAAACAAUGUCGAGCUGGUUUAGCAGAGCUAGCACCACCAGCCGUAAGUCCUCCUUGUGAGCUAACAUAAUUAUUUAGUGAUUACAGUGGAGAGGAAAACAUGAAUUCAUGGUUAAAACCUUCAAAAUACAAAAAUUUUGCACAUGUAUCAAUAAUUUUAAGGCUAUUGAGAUAAUUGGAAACUGUUGAUCGAAACAUAUGAGGGCAACAAUUUCAAGAUGUCCAAACAGAUGAAACUCUUUAUGCUCCAUUCAGUCAACAGUCAAUCAUUAGACAAAUGGCUCUACAGAGAGAUGAUGAUGUGACGGUGGCGUUGGCGGACUUUGAUCGGACAAAGGAGGCGAAAAUCAAAACAGAGAAAUGGAUAAACAUAUAGAGGACAGAAACCAGGAAGAGGAAGCUCAACGGUGACUGAAACAGACAGUGAGAGAAAGGAAUAAAUGCUGACUCAUCCUCCGACAGAACAGAUCCGUCUCUGUCUACCCCUCGUCACCCAAAAGUGCUGCUGGCAGUCUCUUAUCCAAGCUGUUCCCACCGAAUAUCUGCAGCUGAACCCGCUGAAAUCUGCUCUCCCAACAUGAAUAAUUAAUUUUCAUGCUGAAUUAUACUCCGAUCUGCUUCUCUCUGUGUUUUUGUUGCUCUGUGGUGAGAGAGCCGUGUCACACAGAAGGAUGACAGUGUUGGUUUUUGAAUCGCUGAUCUCUCUUUACAGACAUUCCCGGUCCUGAUUGUUUGUUUUGUGUAUUUUUUGUUUUUUUUUCAGGAAAGCAAUCUCGCGUUCGGGCCUCCAGCACCUCGGUCCACCUCAGCCAUCGCUGCCUCCUGCCUCCAACGGGCCCAACAAGGAUCUACGCACCAGUGUGGACUGGACGGUCAGAUAUGCAAAUCACUCUGUUUAUACACCUUCAUGAGAAAGAUGUUGUUUUGUUUUCCUUUAGUUCAGGUCUUUUUGCAUAUUUUACUCAUGCAGAAACUUAGAAAAUAAAGGGAUAUUCCGGUGUAAAAUUAAUUUAGGGUCAAACACACCGUAACACCAAGUAAGACACCCCCCUGAGAGAUUAAUGUUGCCAACUGCUUGCUUCUCUAGUUACCAACUUUAGUAACGACUGCAUGAUAGCAAUACACAGAAAUCUUUAUUGUUUCCUUGAAGUAAUAAUCAUCAUAUUAAUCAUUUUGCACUGCAGACGCGAUAGUUCUUCUACCUUAGCGUGUUGGUCUGACUGCAUUUCAAUGAAGAUAUGAUCAUAAAUGUUCUUCCUUGAGCUGCGUCACCCCGCUGUAGUCCAUAAUGGACUGGCCGGAGGUCUCCGUACAAACAAGCGGCUGCUGAAAGAGCUGAGUUGUGUUAUAUAUGUACUGUUGAUGAAGUUAGGUGCUGUUCUGAGCAUUAUUCGUGGCGUUUUAGUUGAGGUUUGUUUAGGGCUCCUCAGACCGCUGUGUAUUGCUAUCGUGUGGUCGUUACUGAAGUUGGUAUAACUAGAGAAGCAAGCGGUCAGCAACAUUCACCUCUCAAGGGGGAGUUCAACUUGGUGUUACGGUGUGUUUGACCCUAAAUUAAUUUUACGCCGGAAUAUCCCUUUAAACAAGUUUGAAAAACUACAGUUGUCCCGGUCUACAUUGUCCUUAUUCCUCCUGGUUGAGUCACAGAAUGACAUUUAGAUUUUUUUUCGCCAACAGAUUUGUUAGCAGACUGGUUUCAGCAGCCGUAUGUUCAUGUGGAAGUGAAAAGCGCCAAUUUUCUCUUUUAGCUUUUUAUCAGAACAAGAAAAUGUCCCCAUAACCAAACAUGGCAAAGACGUUUCAGAGCAUCUGGGUUUGUUUUGCAGAAAUGUAUUCCUUUUUUUACUUCAUAACGCCUCAAAAAGCCAAAGAAACUUUUAAAAUGCUUCCUGCUCUCAUAACGAAGCAAAGGUCCGGUGGUUUCAGAAAUGCCAAGCUGAUGUAGAACAUGUUCUGAUGAAUGUCAUGAAUCAUCUCUGCUGAGUUUAAAAAAGAAGGGUCGCUCAGUGCGGCAGAACAUUUCCUCUCUAGUGAAAUCCAUGUGUACAAAAACAGGAUAUUUGUAGAGUGAGUUCACCUUUGCUGACCCGUGCUAAAAAACCACGUACAGGUCAGCCGGGGCACUCUAAACAUCAAGCAGUUUUCAGGCUUGUGAUGGUAAAAACUGAAUCCCUCUUUCAGUAAAAAGAAGUCAAAUCAAUGGACGUGGUCAGAAAACAUCAGUGAAUUUCUCAUGCUUCAAUAAAACCUUGGCCCUGGCAGAGUUAUUGUCCAGCUUUUUACAACCUGCAUCCUUUCAGGUUUUCAUAGCAGGACCCUAAUUUAUCGUUUAAAUAGCUGUUCUCUGGAUUUUCUAGUUUUAUUCAAUCAAAUAUCAGAGUUUUUACAUAUAUGAUGAACAUAUAUUUAGAGGUAGGUGGUACCCCUCGUGGCUGAAGGCUCAUAAUUCUUAAUUUUUCUAACAUUUUACCACAUUUAUCGAUUGAUUUUUAUCGAUGUAUGUGGUCGGGUUGUCAAUCAGCAUUGAGCGGGCCCUCGCAUCUUCAGGCACAUCCUGUUCGGGUUUAGCAAAUGUGGAGCAUCUGCAGAGUUUGUUGCCCCUGUGGUGCUCUUAAGUGUGAGCACACUUGUCCUGCACCCUGAAGCUCUUAGGGUGAGGUAAUACAGGUUGGAGGGGAGAGGAUGGAAGAGAAAGGAGGAAAAUCAGAAAAGCAGGAACAUGAGGAUACAUGAGAGCAGCCUUCAGGGAAGUCAUGACCGACCAAACCUCCUCUUGUAAUGAGUAUAACUCACUCAGAUGAAACAUCUAUGUGUUGUACAGUUAUUCAGAAACUUUAAAUAUUGGUGGUAAAAUGUUGUUUUUUGCCUUGAACAUGGUUAGUGCUGUUUGACACACCUUGUGAACUGAACAUUUUUGUAAUCUUGACUUCCUUUUUACUCCUUUUGGAAGUUUAGUUAAUGACUGCGGUGAACCUUUGUAACUUCAAAAUGUUAAAGCCAGAGAACAGUGCAGGGUCGAGUGAUUUGCAAUUCAGAACCUGUUUGCUUUCGUAAAGAACUGAAAAAGAGGUAGUGUUAAUCAAGGUUCUUGUUAAAAUGAAUUCUCUUUCAGUUUGUGUUGAUUAAAAAUUUCUGCUAGCAUCUUUUUACCAGCUCUGUAAUGAACCAGAGAGUGACAGAAGAAAGGCACACUCCUGUUAUUAUCUGAUUCAAUGAGAAAAGAUCGAAUGUGACAGCCGAAGGUUUUCCCUCAACUUCAUCAGCGUUUGUUCCUUUUUCAAUUUGGAUCCGACAAAACUCAGAGAGCAAAACAAGGGAAAGGCUCUGAGGGCCCAAAAAAACAGCAUCCAGGAUACUUCAGAAUCACUGAAAGGAGACGAAAAAAAUGACUGAAACUCACAGUGUCAAAGAGAGAACACAGACUGAUCACUUUCCAUCACUUAUUAAACAGAGUGUUUGGAUGUAUAAUUCAGCUCUGAAUAAGUCAGACUCUCAUAAUGAGAAGUAAAUAAAAAUCAUCCUGUAUUAUCGAUCAGAAGAUGCGAGUCGACAAACUGCUGUCAGGCCACAUCUGAGAGUCCCCUCUGACUCGGUCUGCAGGGACACUUCCACCACGUCACCAUUGGCCUUUAGCUCUCUGUGUGACACACACACACACUGAUAUAUAAUCUUUGUAUAAUCACUCAUUAAUAUACACUUAAGAGUUGAUCUACUGCCUUGGAUGACCCCUUUCUAGAACCAGAUGAGUCACACAGUCGUAUUUAUUCAUCAUGGGGCCGCUCAGAGGUUUUUAUCAAAAUGACAAAUAUAGUUUUUAUUUGUAUUUUUGUGUUUUCCUGCAAGUCGGAUCACCAGAAAGGAUGAGGAAAUGGAAAUGUUUACAAAUGGACAUUUAGAGGGAUUUAGUGCGGCGGUAACAGAGAGGCGUUGUCUGCAAUAGUUUCCAGCUCAGAGGAGUAAGAGACAGACAGAGAGAUUAGAGGAAGAUCCGUCUCCUCUUAUCGUGGACCUGCUGGGUUUCACUCAACAUUUCAGCAACGAAUGAAACACAGACAGAGCAGAAUUGAAACCAAGACUGAGAGGCACAGAGCUCUGCUGCAGCCUUUCAGUUUGUGUUGCUAGGUUUUAAGAGUAAAAAUGAUCUCGAAUGUGUCUCAAAACUGGAAAAAAGAGAAGCUUUGACAUGGUGUCGUUAACUGUGAAAGUGUCAGAAAACCUUAAACAUUAAAGCGAUGCUGGUUGCGUCUUUAUCACCGACAUGCAUCUAGAAAAGUUCAUGAAGAUGGGAGAUAUAAUGAGACAGAGGAUUUACACCCUUGUUGCACUUGUAAUAGGAGACAAAAUGAAUACAACAAACUUGGCUCAAUACAGGAGGGCAAUGUUUAUAUUUUGAGUGACACAGUUGCUCAGUGGUAAAAAUAUCAUGGAUUUAAAUGUCUGACAGUCUGCGAAAACUUUUUUGUCUUAUCAUGGCUUGAUGACAAAAACAAAAUAGAUAUUUGUUGGAAUUUUUGUAUUUUGGUGCCUUCACCUGUCCGCCCCAUCUGAUUUUUGUCAGUGUAAUAACACAGGUAGUAUCAGCCUUUUAUUUCACAGGUGGCUGAUAAAAUAAAAUAAAAUACAGUCAUUUGAUUGAAAAGUGUGCUUCCUUUGUAUGGAAGUAAAUCUACGCCAUCUGAUUUUGAAUUUGAAUUUCUAAAGCUGAAUUUUUUUUGCAUCAAAAUCAGACUUUGAAUUGCAAAACCGUUGAAUUUCAAGCUCAGAUAUUUAUUUCUUCCACUAAUUUUUUCACAUUGAUGAAAUAAAUUCAGUGUAAAGAAAAUCAGUCUCUCAAAAUAUUUGUGUAGUAAAAGUAUGACUUCAAAAAAACUGUGUAAAAAAAAUACUACAUAAAAAAAAAUUCAAAUUCAAAUUUUGAUGCAAAAAAAAAUUCAGCAUUAGAAAUUUAAAAUCAAAUGGCACAGAUUUACUUCCACACCUUUGCUCAGCUGUCAGUAUGUCUUUACCUCCGGACCUGUCCUCUUGCGUCACUUCGUCUCAUUAAUGCCAUUUGAAAUUCACGUGAGAGAAACAGAGAGACACGGCCCCAUUAACAGCCGAAUAAACGCAUAGAAAUGACUGCAUGAUGUGCUGUAAUUAAAUAAGGUCACGCUUUAAAGCCGCACACUGAACCCAGCCAUACCCUUCCUCUGACACACACAUGCAUGUAGUCAUACACAUUUCCAUGUGUGUGUAUAGGUGUGAGUUAGCACUUGAACCGUAGUGUUUUCAUUAGCACCAUGAUUUAACAUACCGUACACUGUGAAAUCACAAACCUACUCAGCCGCCAUGAUUAUGUGCUUGACACACUCGUUGACCGCUCUCAUUAGAGAGUGUUUAUGCGCACGUGAUUGCACUCGAAUGUGGCAGGAAGUCAUCUUGAAUCAGAGGUUUUACAGGUGAGGCCAACGCAGGUGAUGAAGUCAUCACUCUCUGAUCGUGUCUCUGCAGGAGAACGCUGUGAACGGGGAUCAUCUGUGGAUGGAGACCAGUUGUUCAGGAGAGCUCUGUUACCUUGGAGAGGACACCUGCCUUCUGAAGACCGCAGUGAGUGUGAACACGCUGAUCACUACAGCCUGUAUUUGUGUGUUUGUGUGUGAAAGAGAGACAGAGAGAGACAGAGAUCCACUCUUUUAUUUUGUUGGGAUGGUAAAUUCAGUAAAAAGACAAAAAAAUUGAAUUGUGUAAAGUAACUUCACAAAACGAGACUUAGAGGGAUAUUCUGGCAUAAAAUUAAAUUAGGGUGAAACACACCGUAACACCGAGUUAGACACCCCCUCAAGAGAUUAAUGUUGCCGACCGCUUUCUUCUCUAGUUAGAACAACUUUAGUAACGACCACACGAUAGCAAUACACUGUGGCUAUAAACAAUAAGCCAUAAACCAUAACAUAAACAUAAACAAACAACCAAAAAUGCCACUCUAUAACCACGAAUAAUGCUCAGAACAGCACCUAACUUCAUCAACAGUACAUAUAGGUUCCAAGCCACAGUACUAGCCAUCAAACAUUUUUUUAACUUUGCCUUAUUUCUUUAUCUAAAAGACUAAACACAACUCACCUACUCUCUUCCAGCAGCCACUUGUUUGUAGCUAGACGUUGGGCUAGUCCAUCACGGACUGCUGCGGGGUGGCACAGCUCAAGGAAGAACAUUUAUGAUAAUUUCUUUAUCAUUUCCUUUAAGUAAUAAUCACCAUAUUAAUCAUUUUGCACUGCAGACGCGGUGGAUUUUCUGCCUGUCUCAGUCUGAUUGCAUUUCCAUGAAGAAAUGAUCAAGUCGGUAUAACUAGAGAAGCAAGCGGUCGGCAAAAUUCAUGUCUCGAGGGGGUUUGUAACUUGGUGUUAUGGCGUGUUUGACCCUAAAUCAAUUUUUGCACCGUAAUAUCCCUUUAAUCAGUCUUCAUCAGCCACAACAAUGUUUUAGACUGAUGGGGUAGCCACAAAGCAAGUUUAAAAAACUAAUAGUUAAAAAAGAGCUCUUUACCGAAAUUUGGACCUGCACCUACAGAUUCAGAACUUUUUGCAAGAUUUGUAAACAGUUUGAAAGAGAGCUGCAAAAUAGGUUGAAAUACAUAAAGAAACAUAUAAAUCAGAGUAUAAUGAAAACACACUACAUCAAAAAGACAUAUAAUGUGAUAGAAAAAGCAACAGGUAGCACUUCCCACUGUGUUCACAUGUGCACCAACUUCCUAAAGAUUUCAGAAUUUCUUACAUCUUUGAGCUUUCCAGUUCAACAUUUCCUUUCAUUUAUUCCCACUGCAAAAUAUGUGGAAUAGCACUCAGCAUGGAUAUAUAUUCAAAAACUGUCAAAGCAAAAUUUUGAAGUAGGACUCUGACUCCGUCCUCCACUCCAUCAGUGAAAACUUCACACUGUGAUAGACGUGUGUGAAUAAUAACUUUGGUGCAGACUGUCCUGAAAUGUUCAAUAAAUCUGAGUGUUUCCAGUUUUAAUAAGUUUAAGUGUCGGCCUAGCUGCCUUUGUACGGGGGCGUACAAAGUUUUCAGGGAAGGGGGGGCAAAGAGACAAUCAUUUUUUGAAGGAUUUUGGGCUGGCAUCUUAAAGAGAAGCCAGGCCACCCCUCUGGAUACACCCUUGCCUUUGUGUUCAGGAUGGUUUGGUCAUUGUAAACGCAGGACUGUCUCUUGAAAUGAGCGAGGUGUUACAUACAGAAGACCAAGUGCAGCAUAAUUACAACAUAAUUUAAGAGACCGUGCUCAUUUAAAUUUGGACCAAAAGUAGGCUAAAUCUCUUCUACUGACAGGUUUGCAUGACAGUUAGUGAUAAAAAGCUUUGGUGGUUUGGAAUAAGAAGCUUUCGUUCACAUUUAAAUCACUUUAUAUUUCCAAAUACUCAAUAACUCAAUGCUCAGUAGUGUUUUAUGCAGCGCAGUGCCUGUCCAAGUGUUUGGAGAAGGAACACUUUGUACUCGUCUUGCCUUAAUGCAGUCAAGUUUUUUUUCCAUGUUUGUAAAAGGAUGAAACAUGUCUAUAAAGCAGCAGUAGAAAUGACACAUAAAAGCUGAAAAUGAGCUCAAUGAUACAAAACUGUGUGGAAGAUGAAUAAAUUACAUGCAUUGCAGAGACUCGCUCCAUCUGCACACAUCUUCAAGCGAUCGGCAGCACUGUGAAAAAGAGCUUAAGUAUAACCUUUAACAUUGACAAUAAUAUAAUGACACAUCUGCACUUUCUCCCUGAUGGCAUGUAAUUACAGUGAGUGGAUAAGAACACGGUGAAACUACUGGAGCUGCAGCAAAAACACAUCUACUCUAAUCUCUCUCUGUUGUAUGUUCAGUUAAAUAUUUAAUCAACGCUGUGCUAUACUUAAAAGAACAAAACGACCUCGCUGGAAUCUGAGAUUACUUUGACAAGAAACGGUUGACAUGAAAAAGCACAUUCCUACCUGCGCUGGAGAGAUACGGCUGAUUUAGACUGAAAGUGGCAGUUUGAAACAACUCAGAAAUACACGGUAGAUUCAGAGCUUUAGAAAAGGUUCUCUGUCAUCUCUUUGUGUAAAUUCUGAGUUAAGUCUGCAGGAAGACUUUUGAAGGGGCUGCUUCAAAAUGCAAUAGAGAGUCACGCCAAUGAGAUUUGGGAUGUUUUUAGGUGACUAAUUUCAUGUUCAUUUACACGGAAGUUUGAAAUCUGACUGCAGAGGGAAUAGAACGCUAAGAAAACAGUAAUAUGUUAGCUCGAUAUCUUUAACAGGACAACAGAGUCUGUAGCUGAAGGAUGUCAAAUUUUAAGGUCCUGAACGACGCAAAUAUACGACGCGAAAUUACGAAAUAUUCAGAGGCGAAUUUUGACGCGCUUGACUAUACACAACGACUUUCUGGGGGUAAAAAAGUAGAAGCGAGAAGACUGACACAACAGCAGACUGACUGUUUUCAGUUCUGAUUAGACACUAGUGUUGAGAUGUCUGUCUGUCAUGAUAGCAUGUACUGAGUCGGGGCCAGUACCAGAUAAGCACAUUAAACUAUAAUCCAUAAACAUAAGGUAACAACCAAGACCUAAUGGAGCUGUGACAGCAACACUAUUGAGUUUGAGACAGUGAAAAUACAUAUGGUAUGUUGUAUCUGAACACGUUAGCUUACGAGCUAAAGUUACUUAGCACAGAUGAAAGUUAAAACAAAGACGUUUAGCAAACUGUUAAAACACACAAACCAUCGUCAUAUGAGAAAUCGGUUGCUACAGGACAUACAAGUGGAAUAAAGCACGCUUUGGGAAAAACCUGGUCCCCUCAACAAUUGCUGCCCUGAACAGCAGACCACGCUGAAUGACUGUCCAUUGUUGAUGGUGUGGUUGCUCUGAUGUCUCUUGUCCAUUGUUGUUAUCUGGUUGGGUGGUGGGGAUGUCUGACUGUCUCAUAAUGUGCUGUCUUUGACCUUUCUUGUCUGUUGAUGUGUCUUUAUGUACAGUCUGAAAAAUGAAUUUCCUUGAGUGGGACAAUAAAGUAUAAUCUAAUCUAAUCUAAUCUAAUCUAUGACUCUCAACAAGUUGUCCUUCAGGUCAUUAUCUUUGUAAUAUUUGUGUCUUUUAUCAAAAAGCACUCUGUUCUCCAACACGUAAACAAUCAGCCGGUUGGCAAUGUUGGAUAUACCAGUGAAUCUGACGUCGCAACAACAAGAAAUCUGAUUGGUCAGAAGUGGACACACAGUAUGCGAAACUUUAGAAAAAUCGACCAUGAUCUGAAAAAAUAAAUGCUGCAAUAUCGCAGGACGGGAAAACGUUGCUGAUGUGAAGGCUUGUAUUGACAGGAUAUGGGUUCGAAAAAAAAUAUUGACGUCCGAAACAAUCGCACAAAAAAAAUGUUCCCGGUGUGAAAGGACCUUUAGUCUGCCAACUGUGGCAACCACUAGCAGAGCUAGCACCACAUGCCUGUAGUGGUUACACAUUACUGUAGUUAUAGCAGUAACAACAAAUCUAGAAGUGACAUCAACUUGAAAAUCAAACACAGAGUGAGACAUGAAGCAUAUAUUCCUGACAUUUUUGGAGAAUUAAAAGAUGCAAAUAAGAUAGAAAUAUCUGGCGAAAAGAACAAAAAAGAUAUUGGUUUUUGGUAAAUAAAGUUCAUCUCUACUCUGAAGAAUUAGAUCAGUGUCUGAAGGACUUCAUUAGUGCUGCAGGUCAGCCCAUUACUUGCAGAUGCAUCAUUAAGGUUAACAAGCAGUUAAUUUGAAAAGCAACAUGGCUUCUUCUAAUCUCGCUGUGAGUCACGGCUGCUUUAAAAAGCACAAGUGAAACCGUAAAUGUCAAAGUGUCUCUUUUAAUGCCUGCAGUGUCAGUGAAGUGUUAAUGCUGCAGACAAAAGAGCUGAUGGACUUUAAAAAGGACAGUGAAAUGUUAAAACACCUCUUGAUGUUUCUGUGGGCUUUUCUGCGUGUGAAACAGGGUGUGCGUGUCACCUGUGACCCUGCAUUCUUGCUCUUAUUGUAUAUGUCGUGAACCUCAUUACUCCGUCUGCGGUGUGUCUGUUUUCUCUCUUUAAGAAGU